ACGUGACCGGCACAUUCUCCCGACGACAUCUCUACGUCACUGGGCUCCAUGCGCCAGCCCCGCUAGGCGCCACGCCUUGCGCCUCCGUGACGUCACAUCACGCUGCUUUCCCCACCGUAGUUCCCUGUUUCGGGGCCCGGUGUGAGAUAGGUGAGACUCGGGGAGUUCGGUAACGGCGGUGACAGACUGAUACACGGGGAAACAGGGCUGUGGGGGGCGGGGUCUCCGAGCAUCCUGUGUCAGGGCCACAUAGGCGCCAAAGGAACUGGGAGGGGGGAGAGCUGGGAGUCCUAGGGGGGAGUUAGAAACAUUAAGGGGGACAGUCUUAGUGGGGAGUCAGACAGUAAGGGGGGGACAGUCCAAGGGGGGACAGUCUUAGUGGGGAGUCAGACAGUAAGGGGGGGACAGUCUUAGUGGGGAGUCAGACAGUAAGGGGACAGUCUUAGUGGGAAGUUAAACAUUUAAGGGGGGGAAUAUUAGUGGGAAGUUAAACAUUUAAGGGGGGGAAUAUUAGUGGGAAGUCAGAUAGUAAGGGGGGGAGGUAUACUGGGGUAUCAAAGACAGUAACUGGGGCAGCCUUUUGUGGGAAGUCAGCCAAGGGGAGAGUGUUAGUGGGGUGUCAGAGACAGUAGGGGGGAGUUAUAGUGGGGUAUCAGAGACAGUAAGGGGGCACACUUAGUGGGGUGUCAGAGACAGUAAGGGGGCACACUUAGUGGGGUGUCAGAGGCAGUAAGGGGGCACACUUAGUGGGGUGUCAGAGGCAGUAAGAAGGUAGGUAGGAAGGGAGACACGUGGUGAAGGGCUAUUUUUUUCUUUACUAAAUAGUUUUGGGGUACUCUGGACCUCCAGCACUGUAAGGGCCACACACAGGAAGGUUAGGGGACCAUUAAAACUCACAACCUGGGAUAUGGCUUUAAGGUAACCUGGAUCAUAGGCAGACAAGGGACACUGGCAAUUAAGCAGCAAAAAGAAAUUUAUAAGAUUAUCUGGUAAGUAUAGCGUGUGUGCUGCAUCUUUUCCAUUCCCUGACUGCUUUUGAUAUGUCUGGAUCUAAUAAUACCUAGUUAUGCUAAUAUUUAUUAUUAUUGUAAAUGAAAUGCGAGCUGUACGCUCUUGUAUUCAACUAAUGUGACUCCUAAAAUUCCACGUCUGGCAGGUUUAUGCGUUAAAUUGUGACUUUCCAUAAGUUGAAAGUGAAUUUUACAUUUUUGUAACUGUUUUGGCUUAGAAUUCCGCUUUUAAUUCCGGACCAUUCACAGUUUAGAGAGUAAUCCCAAGGGACUCAAACUGUUGGCGCUCCAGAUCUAGUUUGGCUGCAGCUCCAACAAUUCUCUGUCGAACACAUCUGGGAGAGGGAUUGAUGUUUGGUACUUCUGUGCUUAAUUAUAUUAGAAUCUCAAAUCUUGCUUUAUUUAUUUUAAGGCAGACUAGACUUGCAAAAAGCUAUGGUGCCAGUUUGUUUAUGUUGUAGUAAAAAAUAACCGAACUGGAGAAAGUCAGCUAGGUUUUGGUUUGGCUACUCUGAUCGGAAAUAUAAAAUUAACUUUGAAUUCUCACUUGUUAAAAAAAAAAAAAAAAAAACCUGCAUGUCUAGUGACAGAAGCCUGCAGGCUUAAUGUCAGAGGUCAAAUUUGCAAAAAGUUUAGUUUUAACGAAGGAUUAUUUACUAAUGUGUGAAUUGCAGGGGAUUAGUAACGAAUUUUAAGACUAAACCAAAUUAUAUAUUUUUUUAAAUCCCAAAUUAUCUGUAUUUUCAGUUUGACUCUUUUAAUCAAAAAUGUUAAACUCAGUUUUAGGUCUGGACAAUUACAACUUGUUUAUCCACAAAAAUACUCAUGUUAAUAUGUAUAUAAUUCUACUUUGUAUUGCAUCUGUUAACCAUGCAGAAUGUAUGUAGUGGCACGAGUUCUGUGAAUUAGUGACCAGCUUAAUGUGCUGCAUUUGUAGGUUGCUAAUUACACAGAGACCUUUUAUAUUUCCUGGAGAUAGGCCGUUUUACAUUUAAAGCUGUAUGUUAUUUGGCCAACAUUAAAUCUCAUGUGUGGCUUUCAUUUCAUCCUGUAUUAUUUGAAGUUAGUCAUGUGCUCUUGACCAAACUGUGUCGUUCUAACAUUUGUCCUCUGAAGUUACUAUUUUGCUAUCUGUUCUAUGACUGACAUGCCUUCCUUUAUCCCGGACAUUCUGAUAGAAUUCUGCAACUUCUAACUUUCUUCUGCAACAGAUAAUGAACUACAUGUCCGCCCAUUUCAUGCUUUACGUUAAUUGCCAAAUACUAGAGACCAUUAUAGUGACUGUUCAAUUUCCGGUUGUUUGUUGCAUAAUGUAUUUAACCUUUAAUUUUCCUUUUUGGUUAUAUAACAUCAGGCACUCACUCAACAGUGGACUAGCACAACCAUCAUUCUUUUCAGCAUGCUGGGAGUUGUAUUUCAUCAACAGUUGCAGAGGUGUUUAUUGUGCAGCCUGCCACUGAGCACCUGAUGAAAUGUAUUUGUGCUUGUUUUUUUUAAUGCAAUCACCAUAUGUUCUAUGUUGUGUUUUUGGUCUAAAGUGGGACUAUCAACACCCCCACCCACCCAGUAGAGUAUUUAAUAACGAUAAAAACUUCAUGAAACACUCACAUUGACUUUGUUGGAAUUUCACUGAAAUUCAAUUGCAGUUAAAAGAUAUACUAAGACAAUAUUUGCUGAACCUGACAAAUGUGAAAAAAGGCAGAGCUACUGCCAUCAAGCUUUGUCGUGGAGGCUUUGUCUGUGGAGGCUCCCUCCAUAGACUUCAGUGUCUUAUUCUUGUGCAGGCGUGAGAGUACAACACUAAUGUGGACUCCAGUCAGGUAAAAUACCAGGAUCUGAAGCACACCUAGGCAGCUGCCUAGGAGGACAUGUUCAAUCCAUUGUACAGCGCUACGGAAUGUGAUGGCGCUAUAUAAUAAAAUAAUAAUUAAGUGGCUCUGUCACCUGAAACUUGCCUUUCUCUUAUUGUUUCCUUUUCUGUUCUUCUUUCCUAGUCUGUUCUUAUUUUAUUCAUUUCUGCUUUAUUUCUCUUUAAAACAAAAGACAAAGUAGGGACUACUUUGUAUUUUAUAUAUUUUUCCUACGCCUAACAAUUGUGACAAAAGGGUGGAACUUGAGGCUCCACUUGCUUUGUCAAGCUAACUUUCCCACAAUACUCACGUCUAUCCUGAUCAUCCUCCGUUGCCUGAUGAGAUAUUUAAACGCUGCUCGGUUCCAUUUUCAUCACUCGCGGCUUACUGACUAUGGGCAGCCAUCUCCAAAGUGCUCCCUGUUGCUUACUGUGGGAAAGAGAAGGUAGUGACUUUGUAUCACUGCCAGCAAUUGGAAGAUGACAGUGCCACAAAGAGGAGUGCAACUGGAGGUGAGGUGUGUGAUUUUAUUUUUAUUUUUUUAAGAGAAAAAAAAAUGAAAAGUGGAAAGUUAGGGGGAUAGCCUUUGCAAUCCAUGCAGUGACCUCCGACUGUGACAGUGACCCCAUUUUAAAAUAAUAUUUCUUUUUGAGGUUGUUGUAUAACAAUAUAUGUGGAAUAUAAGAGCCAAAUGUUUUGUACAUAGCCAGUGAAACAAUUGUAGUGAGAUAUAAAAACACUAAUGUUAGACAUUUGUGACAUUUGUAACAUAUUUGGAGACACUGGGAUAAUGGAUCAGGGUUUUGUCAAAUGUAUUAGAAGUUUAACAUGAAUCUAGUCACGUUGAUAUAAUAUGUAAGGUAUUCUUUCACUUUAGUAGAAGAUGUUGCUGUACACUGUUGCAUAUUGUGCAAAAUAGUUAAUGAGUGUUUGUGAAACAUGUGACUUCUGCACCACCCCUCUUGUUAGAAGAAGUAAUAGACCCUCAAUGGACCUGGUCAGCUGAUCUUGAUAAAUCAUUGUAAUGAUUACUUUUGUAGAUAAAUAAAUAAUUUGAGAAGUUUUUCUACCAGAUUGUGAUCAUUUGAAAAGCUUAUCCAAAAGAAUAAAAUUGAGGCCUUUGUUUGAUAUGCCCUGCUGUUCUCCAUUUUAUAUAGGCAGUGUAAAUCUCUACAUACCUUUCUGUCUCCAUAUCAUAGAAUAUGACUCUUCCAGGCCGCAAGAAAAAAAAAAUCAGGUGUUUAAAACGUUUAGAAUCAUUUGAUGUUGUAAUAUACUUCAGCAUUAUUGCAACUCUAUUCAUAAUUAAUAUGUUCUAAAAUGCUAUUGCUGCCUUGUCGGUUGUAGGCUAAAUGUUAAUGCAGGGCGGAUAUUUCACAGUCCACCACCCACGGCCAGCGGUUGGUGUGCUCUAGAAUAAUACAUAGGGACAUGCCAGUGUGCCCCCAUGUGCGAUGGGUAUGGCUAUAGUAUAGAAAUAAGGGGGGCAUGCCCUUGUCACCUUCCCCCCAACCAGUUUCCAACUAUAGCUGGCAGAUGGGUGCUUUAAAAUUGGACCAUUAGCAAUGGACUUACCAUCAUACACUACCCCCACAUGGCCAUCGGAUAAGGGGUAGAAGAAUAAUAAGAAGGGUGGCCAUUUCAUUGUCCACACCCUUUUCUUUAUUUUAUUUUCUUCUUCUUACAAAAAGCCCUUAUUGGGGCUGAAAUAUUGCUGGUGGGCUCCUUGUUCUGGGAAUACAUGAGUGCUGGAUCCUUUUUUUUUUAUAUCUAUUGUCGCUGAAAACUGCCAGCUCAGAGUUAAAGGGAAAAUAUAGUCACCAAAACAACUUUACCUUAAUAAAGCGGUUUUGAGCAGUGAGACUGCAGGGGCAUAAAUUCUACACCAAAACAUCCCCUUUAAGCCUGGAGGUGCAUGGCUUAACUAAUUGACUAAGAGUGAUCAGCUGAUGCUCUCAGCCAAUGACUGAGCCCUGAACUGCAGGGCUUCUCUCAGGAUAGCUAGGAGCAGUGCCAGGUGACCCUGUCUUGAAAUAAUUACACUGGGAGGGGGUGACAGGGAAGUCCUUAUACGACCAUGACCUGCACCGGGAGCAGAAGAGCAGUGGCUAGGAGAGGAUGGCUGUGCCCACGAGGAACAGGUUCAAAUAGGUAACACUCAUUUUUCCCUGCUCCGCCGACCACCAGAGCCACAGCAGUGAUGUCACCGUCGGUGGUCUUUACAUAUAAUGCAAAGUCCCCAGAUGGUGAGAAUUCCGCAUUAAUGUGAUAGUGCACCUUGAAAUGCAUGGUAUGCACAGAAAACAUUGAGCAUGCUAGUAGAACCACUUUCUGGUUGCACUAAUUAGUUAAAUCUAUUUUUUCUGGCUACGGUGUCACAACAGUUUCUAGUAUGGUGUAAAUUCUGAGAUCUUCAAAGCUUUUAAAUUCCGUCAAACUUUGUCAGGCCCGCAGCUGUCACUAGUGGUAGAGGGAAAAAGGGCUUAAAUUGUCUAUGUAGAAUCCCAUGGUCUUGCAGGAUCUUCCACAGGCAUUACUUUUGUGCAUGCACAAGAGCACAGCAUUGACAUUUGCUCCUGAAAUGAAGUACCAAGAGUGGAAAUUGAUCCCAUGGAAGUAGAGUGCUCUCGCAAGCGAGCAAUGUAGCAGUCAGUCAAUGUCACCGGAAGGUGGCAGACACUGCUUUAAGAAACUUGGGGUUGGUAAUGGGUGCUGGUAAAAACCAAGUUUUGAUAAAAAUAAAAAGUUUGAGGGAAAGCAAGAUGGAAUGAAUUGUAGUGGUUAGUGUCCAUACUGUCCCUUUAAUUCCCUGUUAAAUGUUUACAUUACAGUGGAAUUUCCUCUGUUUACUAGUGAGAGUUUUGAUAGUGUUUAUUGCAGGUUGUCUGCCAGUCAUAGGAAGUAAACUUAUUUAUUCUUAAAAGAACAGACUUCAAAAUCCAAAUAAUGACAAGAUGGGAAGGCAUUAGGCAUUAGGACUUUGUGUACACAGGAUAUGAGGGCUUUACUUGGGAGAUAAUCUGUUCCAGGGUUUUAGCAGGGCAAUAAACCUAGCUAAUAAAAUGUUAUCUUUAUUAGGAUUAUUCACUAGACUUUGAAUUGUAGCAAAUUGGAAUCUGAAUGGCCCAAUUCACGUUAACAUUGCCAAUCUUUGAUCAAUCAUUUCUUACAUUUGCCUGAUUUCAAUUCGCCACAAAUUCAGAGUUUAGAGAAAAACCCCAAAGGGUGAAUUAUCUGGAAUUUAAAAUUUUAAGAUAAUCAAGCUGAAAAUAAACCAGAAAUGAUCCAGGUUAGUCAAGACCAUCAUCUCUUCUUAAUUUUCUAGUACGUUUAACAAUCCAUGGUUUAGGAAAGGCAUCAGAACAGCAAAUAUUUAAUAAUGGUGAUAAAUAUAAUGGUAAAGAAAAUAGUGUUCAUCGAAAAGGUAAUAUUAAGUGGUGGAUGGAUUGGAAGAAUAGAAAGGCUGGGUACAAGGGAGAAGGAAGAAAGAGGGGGUGGAUGAAUUUUAAUGUACUCGAGGUAAAGGGAAUGUGCGCAGGUGACAGCAGUUAUCAACCAGCCAAACACAAAAACACAGAAAUAGGGCAAAUUUAAAUUGAGGCUAUCAAAGCAGCAAGAUAGGUCUUCUAGGGGGUGCUGCAGGUUCUGUUGUGGGUGAGGAUAGGGAGCUUAGCUGGCAAUUCCACCAUGUUGUGUACAAGCCUAACUUUGUCCAUCAGAAUCCAGAGCAAUAAAAAAGUAUCCAGCUAAGCCAUUAUAUCAUGCUAUCAUUUCCCACUUCUGCAAGUUUUUGAUCUAAUUCAUGUAAAUUAAUCACUAGCUUUUCUUUUUUUUGUUCAGUGCAAAGAGGUAAAAAAAAAUCAAAUAUAUGUAUCUAAUCUGAUAAUCUAAACAUAAGAAAUAAAAUAAUUGCACAUAAAUACAAAUAAAAUAUAAACCACCUCACUUUUGCUGUCAGUUGAUUUAUUAGUUGGUUAUUAGUGAAUGGAAAGUCUCACAGCUGCACUCAGUUUUGCUGACUGGAUUGCUUAAAGGACCACUAUAGUGCCAGGAAAACAUACUUGUCCGGCUCUGGGGAGAGGAAAGGGGUUAAAACUUACCUUUUUCCAGCGCUGGGCGGGGAGCUCUCCUCUUCCGAUCCUCCUCCUCUCCGCCCAUUCGGCUGAAUGCACACGCGCGGCAAGAGCUGCGCGCGCAUUCAGCCGGUCGCAUAGGAAAGCAUUUACAAUGCUUUCCUAUGGACGCUUGCGUGCUCUCACUGUGAUUUUCACAGUGAGAAUCACGCAAGCGCCUCUAACUGUCAAUGAGACAGCGCUAGACUGGAGAGCUUAACCCAUUUAUAAACAUAGCAGUUUCUCUGAAACUGCUAUGUUUAUAAAAAAAAAAUGGGUUAACCCUAGCUGGACCUGGCACCCAGACCACUUCAUUAAGCUGAAGUGGUCUGGGUGCCUAGAGUGGUCCUUUAAAGAAAUACAAUAGUGUCAUGAAUACAAACAUGUAUACCUGGCACUAUAGUGUUUAACUAUUUAGGUGACUGCUCCCCCCUCCAAUCUCCUCAAAAAGAUGAUUUUACUUUUUCUCUCACGCUGCAGCGGUCCCGCCACGGAUGGUCCCGCCUCCAUGGAAGAGCCAAUCUCGGCCAAUCCAGUGCUUUCUCAUAAAGCAUUGGGAUCUACUGCGCAUGCGCAACAAAAUGCUACUUUGCACCAAUCAGCAUCUCCUCAUAGAGAUACAUUAAAUCAAUGCAUCUCUAUGGGAAACGUGCCUCAAUCCAAAGUGUGGAGACUCUUAACGUCAGUGCACACUGUGCAGCAUUGGACUAGGAUACAUCUAGAGUGACUGUCACUAGAAGUGUUCCUAUGCAGCAAUGUAACCACUGCAUUGUAUCUGAAAAGGCAGCUUUUACAGUGCUCAGCCUGCAGGGACAGGCUAUUGACACCAGAACCACUACAUUAAACUGGUAACUAUAGCGCCCCUUUAAAAGCUUAGUCCAAGCACUAUAACCACUGCAGUGGUUUUGAAGUGGUGCCUGCAGUCUGUAUUUGCAACAUUUCAUGAUGCACAUACAGAGUAUAAACAUUCUGCUGCCGGAAGUGGAACUCCCUAACUGGCAAACGUCAGUAGAUGCACCUUCCCCCAUGCUGCCCAUGUCCUACACUCAUGCUGCCUUCCCUGACAUAACUCCAGCUCCCGAGGAGGAUCAGGUUGCAGGGAGAAUUUGCCUUCAGUGCUGGAACAAAAGUAAGUUUAUCCUUGAAAGUGCACCUAAAAUACCAGCAGUACUUUGUGCUAGCCAAACUGUCAGCAACAAGUACUAACUUAUUGUACAACUAUACUGGUGGUUCUGCAACUAGCCACUCCAACAUCACAGUACUUGUAGCUAAAUCCAGAAAUAUUUCUGCUGAUUGUAGUGGCGGUGGCACGCUGCAGAUAAGGUAAGAAUGAACAACUUCGUAAAUUGUCAAAAUAUUUAUCACUCAGAUACAUUAUGCAGAAGAAGAUGGCAAGACUUAAAGGGAAACAUUUAUGGCCGGUUCACAUGCUAUGUAAAACCUAAAGUAUCUGCAAAGUUUCAUGUUCAUUCUGCAUUUGUUUACUUUUGCAUAUACAAAAGCAGGAUCAGAAAAAGAUUAGUGUUGCUUUAAAUGCUAUAUCUUUAUUAAAGGACCACUAUAGGCACCCAGACCACAUCAGCUCAAUGAAGUGGUCUGGGUGCUAGGUCCCUCUAGUUUUAAUCCUGCAGCUGAAAACAGCAACUAAUCUACAUGCUUACCUGUACAAACUUUCAGAAGCUGCAACCAGUUAAAGCUCUAUUGAUUCAGAAAAGUCACCUGUAAAUAUCUACCAUCCUAAAUAUAUAAUUUUCAAGGUCAAGCAUAUGGAUAUAAAAAUAACUUUUUUUUGUCCACCUUGAACUUCACACAUAGCCUUCUCUACAGAGAGAUAAGCGCAAAUCUGGCCAGUAGGUCACCUUGUUAUAUUAAUGCCCCUCAAGGACUUUUAGAUUUGGCUUAAAGCCUAUCUCUAACACUUUUGUUAAACUGUACCUGUAGGGCUGUGCUGCAAAGUGAGUGACGAAUACAGUAAGAGAACCAUCCUACAAGUGAUUUUCUUUGUCUACAAUACAGCAUUUGCAGUGUAUGUGCGGAAGUAACAGUGAUUACUCCUCCAAUGAAUGGGUAUCAGGCUUUGUUAGGUUGAAUGAUUAAUGGCAAAUUUUAUGUAGCCUCUGUACGUCUUGUUUGAAGUAAUUCCCCUGGGUUGUAGUUUCUGUAGUGCUUUAUUCUUCAGAGACCAGUAAAUAAACAUGCCUGUGAAUCCUCGUGUUCCUAUUGAUUUCAGUGAGACACAUAAUCACAUGACCAAAAGUGUGUGAACACAUACAUACUUGCUGUACAUUGCCUUUCCUCCCUCAAAUAAGCAUUUUGUGGGGUUUUUCCCCCCUUGCUGAUAAAACAACCUUUAGUUUUCUCAGAAUCGUUUCCAAUAAACUAUUAAAUCCACAAGUGAGGUAGGACACAGAUGUUGGGCUCUGACUUGCAUUCGUUCUUAUGUCAUCCCGAAGCUGUUCAGGGUAGUUAAGGUUAGGUCUAUAUACAUCCAUGCUUUGUACUUUUGUGUACGCGUGUGUUGUCAUGUUAAAACAGGAAAUUGCUUCCGUAAACUACGAUCACAAAGUUGUAAGCACUAAAGAUUCUAGAAUGUAGGACUUAUUCUGCAAUGGUAAUAUAUUGAGGACCUAAAUGGCCUAGUAGGCAUGAAAGGAAUUCCCAUUCUAUUAUUCCUCAUUGAUAAAACGUGAUAGAUGUCACUAUACAGUCAGGCUGGCUGCGUUCUCUGUGAGAUUACUAGAUGUUGAUAUUUGAUUGAGUCAAAUGACAGUGAGCUUUACACUGCUAUCUGAAGCUUGUCAUGUAGAUUUCCUUCACCUAAACCAAAGCUCGGUCAUAAAACUCCAAAGGAGCCGUUUUCAUUCUACUUUUGCUUCUGAUUGUGGACUAUAAUUAACUCUCUAUAUCUUUAGAGAUUUUUUUGUUUUUGUUCUUUUGUAAUUAAAUACAGAUUAUACAGUCAGUUGUUCACUAAAGUAAGAAAUAAAAAUGAACUUGACGUUUAAAGGGACUCUCCAGUCCGUUUAAUGAAUAACCUUGUAUUUUGACAUAUUUGAUAGAAACACAUAACUGUACUUUCUCAUAUAGGCACAUAACUAGCCUCCCAGACAUACACAAGUAACCACUCACAUACACACAUUUAGUACUUUAUUACUCAGAGAAACACACAUACAUGCAAAACACAUUUGUAGAAAUAAAUUCCUCCAUUCUCCAUGCUGCUAUUACUAAGUUUGAAAUAAGAUAGUGAGGUUUGUAGCAAUCCCUGGUAUAAAGCGGCUGUCUCUCCAUCUCUGGUGUAUGAGAUUGUGCCAGGCUCUUCUUGCAUUCCUGUGCGCCAUACGGUGCUGGUAGAUGUCGACAUCAGUCUGGCCGUUAAGAGUCAUGGUACUGUGAAAAGUGCACAAAAUAUAUUUGCUUAUAUUAGGGCAAAAAUUGGGAAAUAGUGAAUCAAAUUCAAAGUUUAAAUGAAUUGCUUUUUUGGUCAGUAGACCAUUUUGCCUUCAUGCUAAAUUACAACUAGCCAUGUGCUACAGAGAAACUGUAGAAAAAUAAAACGCGCCAAAGAAAUUUGUGUUGGUCACCGUUGUGGUCUGGGAAGUAAACGGUGUGUUUUGUUUCGAUUAGGCUGUGGAAACUGUUUUAUUGUAAUUAUUCAAGUAAUGUGUCAUCAGUUCAUCCCACUGUACAGCGCUAUGGAAUUUGCUGGUGCUUUAUAAAUAAUAAUAAUAAUCACAGUGUUCACUGAAUAGAUUCCAAACCAAAAAGAAAUUUAACACAUCUUUUUUGUUGUUUUUGUUUUUUAUUUUUUUGGACCUGUGUUUGUGUGAAUUAGGUAUGAGAUUGACAGGCAUCUGUUGUGCCCCAGGGAAAAGCCUCACUGGUGAUAAUUAUAUCUGAAUUCUGUUGCAAAAGGAAAAACCUGAUAAGUUUGUUGUAUUGUCUGGCCACUUUGGUCAGGAUUCGUUGACAGCAUAAACAAAAUCACUGGGACAAUGGGCUUUCUAAAGCACACUGUAUGGUUUAUUGGAAUUAAAAAUCACUGGAACAAGACUUUACUUAACUGUGGCACCUCAGGAAGGUCUGUGCUGAGUUAGAGAUAGUCACCAAAGUUUUUCUUUGUUGCAUUUGCCAUACGUAUUCGGGUGCACUACAAGCACCCAUGGAUUAUUUCAGUUAGUUAUGCUGUGCUGUGAAUGUCUAUUUUUUUCUUCUCCAUCAGUAUUUCUAAUUUGUGUUGCUCCACAAGCCCACUGUGUAUGUCCUUCCUUCACAACCUGCUCUGUUUUCCUUUCUCUGCUAAUAUAAUGUGGUACAUGAUGCCAUGACUUAGGGUUCUAGUUGACCUUUUGGUUUUCUGUAGUAGAAAGCUGACAAUUGAACUACACAUCCCAGAACCCAUUGCUGUGCACAUGAUAAUGUCAGUAAUCAAACUUUCUUGAAAUGCAGAAACAUCAACUUUUUAAAUGCUUUACCUUAUUUCUCAAAGAAAGGGAAAAAAAUAAAAUAAAAAGUGGUUCAGAACAGAGUGUCCCUUUAAACACCUUUCCUAAUGUGGCUUCUCUUACACAAUGCUCAUUUGACUUCCUUAUAUUCCAGCCUCCUUUAUCCCUCAGAUUGGUGAGGCGUUGACUUAGCUAAUGCAAACAUGUCUAACCUGUUUGGAGAUCACCUAGAGCUGGAUUAUUUAUGAUCCCACGAAGUCAGGUACUGAACUGCUUCUCUUCCCUCCAGUGUGGAGUUUUCAUUUCUCAAGGAGCAGUGUCACCCUGAAAGGUAAGAGGAUGAGUGCGAGGAAACGACGCUUGAUAAUAGCAUUAUUCCAUGGCGUAUGGAAUGUUAGAUAUUUUAGUAACAGGAGCUGACAAUCUUACUCUCUAGUACUGUUCUUCAAGUAGUGUGUUGUCCUCCUAUCGCUACCUUUCUAAGCAUUUCUUUACUCGUAAAUACUAUAUUCUGAUUUUGCUUUAACCCUUUGUGUGCUAGAGAAACUGGCAUCUUAAAGCGUUUAUGACAGAGGAGUGUGUGAAGGUACGGUAGUGUUCUGCAGUUUUUUCAUUGUUUGUAGUUGCGGUGACAUUCAGUUCUAAAAUCAAUUGCCCAAAUCCUUUACAACUUCAGCAACCAUGUAGAACCAACCAAUUUCUAUUAUGCAGACAGACAUGCUGGAGAUUCAGCAGGACACAUGCUUUCUGUGUGUGUAUGUGAAUUAAACUUGUAUUCCUAAUGCUGUAGUGUUCACCUACCUAUGUGUCCCAUCUGUGUAAGGGUUUGAAAAGUGAGGUUUGCUUGCCUUUCUUGCUUUGCUGCACUGGUCUCACCCCAGCUACACCACCUGCCUGGCUGAGAUAGUCUAGAUUGCAUGCUCACUAGCCUUCCAAUCCUUACCUAUGGGAAUCUGAAAUCAUCAAAUUGCUGUGCUGUGCCACUGCUCCCAGGAGACUUAAUUGAGCUGAAGUGUCUGGGUGCAUUUAGUGUUUUUUUUUUUUUUUUAACUGCAAGUAUAUUAUGUUUGUCUUUAGUGGUUUUGUUUGUUCACAGAUCACAGCUUGCUUUUACAUUUUAUGCCUCUGUGUGAAUUUCCCUCCCCCUCGUUAUGUACAGAACAUUCGUAGAAUUAUUUCAAUUUAUUUUCAAAUAAGUAUCGUUAUUGUUUUCUUCUUUUUGUGGCCAAGAUAAAGCAAGAAUUUUGUUUUUAAAUGUUCCUUAAUUAAUAUUAAAGCCCCUCGCUACAAAGUACAACAAUUGUCUUGUGCAACAUGUGCUUCCAAAAAAAUUAUAAUUGUUUGUAAUCUUUCUUUAGUCAGUUAUCAUAUUGGGAAGAGGUUAAUACACUCAUAAUAAGGGGAAAAGUCUUUAGGCCCCUUACCAGCUUCUAUCUGAUCGGUUAAGUUAAAUAACAAAAUAAUGUUUGAUUCUUUUGUAGAAGCAUAUGUUGUAUAAAACAUUUGUGGAACUUUAAAAGCUAGAAGAGGUCAGCGCUAAUAAUAAUAAAAGGUGGGUAGGCAGCGGCCUGGCAGAGGGUAACCCUCUAACCCUCUUGCAUACAAGUAAAAAAAAAAAAAAAAAAACAGUAGUGCAAAGCUGCGCCAAAGUAUAUUAAUGUGGACUGUGGGUAAUGAAACCAGUAUAUAGAUAAAGCAUAUAUGUGAAAUUAGUGCAUAUACAUAAAUCCAAGAUAGUUUUAAGAUUGCACUCUGACGGUAAGUGUCUUUUUAGGUACUUUUGGUGGUGGGGUGUCCUCACUGUUUAUAGUAGUCCGAUUAUUCUCGUGAUAUGGAAGACACAAAAUGAAAGACCGAUCGUGUAGACUGUGUGGGUCAAUAUAUGUGAGAGGAAGGAUAUAUAUAUAUAUAUAUAUAUAUAUAUAUAUAUAUAUAUAUAUAUAUAUAUAUAUAUAUAUAUAUAUAUAUAUAUUAAACUCACAUUUGGGAGAGGAGAGGUGGUAGGGAUUUCCUCAUUUUGAGAUAUUGGGCGGGCGAGCAGGUGCGAGCCAGCGGUACCCCUGCAACCGGGUACCGCCAUCACUAUUUGCGGCCCGUGCCCCCGCGGCAAACCGCCAGGGCCGCCGUUCAAGGCAUUCAUCGAGUGGCCCAUGCUGUCAGGGCCACCCGAUGGUUAUGGAUUGUAAGGGGGCCCGGUCAGCACUGAGCGCUUUAACAGCACGACUGGGCCCCCUGUGAUUACAUCACACAGAGCUGGGAGGAAGUAACUGCACGUCACUCCUCCCAGCUAACACACAAAACCGCGCGGGAGGAAGGAGAGGGAGUCAGAAUGGGAACUCUGACUUCCAUCCACCUGAGCCACCACUGGACCCCAGGGAAUGUCACCCUCCUGCACCUAAAAGGUAGGAAACAAGAGGGUGACUAAAAUAUUUUGUGUAUGUGUCUUUGUAUGUAUGUCUUGUGUGUGUAUGUAUGUGUCUGUAUGUAUGCGUGUCUUUGUAUGUGUGUGUCUUGUCUUUGUAUGUGUUGUGUAUGUGUGUCUUGUGUCUGUAUGUAUGUAUGUCUUAUGUGUGUCUGUAUGUAUGUGUCUGUAUGUCUUAUGUGUGCAUGUGUAUGUGUGCCUGUCUGUUUGUUUGUAUGUGUAUGUAUGUGUGCCUGUCUGUUUGUAUGUAUGUGUCUUUGUAUGUUUGUGUGUGUCUGUAUGUGUGUCUUGUAUGUGUGCCUGUCUGUUAUAGUGGGCUAUAGUAAGUAAUAGUAAGUGGGCUACCUAGCUCAGCCUUCCUACUGUGCAUUGCUGUAAGGAAGGUUAAAAAAUUGAAAAAAGGGUGAAAAUAAGGUGGGGAGGGGAAUUGAGGAGGGGAGCUGACACACAGAUGAGAAAUCAUAUUAUGAGCAAACAGAGAAGUCGUCUGAAUAUCACAGAAAGAGAAGACCGAACCAGAUAUCAAAUAUUUAGUUUCGCAGCAUCAACCUCAAGGAUCUCAUUAAUCACUAGUAAAGGUUACUUUGUUUUCUCAUUAAACUUUAUAAAGUUAAAAACAUUAUAAACAUGCAUAAAGUAGAAAUAAAAAGAUAAAUGUACGUACAUUUUUUUUUAAUUUUUUUUUUUAAACACCCUCCUUUCUAAAAAAUAUUCAGCACUUGCGCGAAAACUGGUGGGCGGUAAAGAAAUUUUUCCAUCAAGAAAGAUGCAUUAGUGGGUAGUAGGUAGAAAAGGGUUAACUACCACUGGUCUAUACGAUCGGUCUUUCAUUUUGUGUCUUCCCUAUCACGAGAAUAAUCGGACUACUAUAAACAGUGAGGACACCCCACCACCAAAAGUACCUAAAAAGACACUUACCGCCAGAGUGCAAUCUUAAAACUAUCUUGGACUUAUGUAUAUGCACUAAUUUCAUAUAAAUGCUUUAUCUAUAUUUGUUUUAUCUAUAUACUUGUUUUAUUACACACAGUCCAUAUUAAUAUACUUUGGCGCAGCCUUGCACUACUUUUGUUAUUUGUGGAACUUUGCAGAGUAUGUGUGUGUCUGCGUAUGUACAUUUUUUUUUUUUAAUUCUUCAUACAUUUUUUAUAGGAUGACUGGAAAAACAACAUGUAUAGAAGCUCUGUUAAUAAAUAAUCAUAACUUAUAAUAAAAGGCUGUUUUACAUUGUGCUGGAAGUUUUUUUUUUUUUUGGGGUUAAAACAAAGACCCAACAAGUUCUGUGUAAGAUGCAUGUUGUUUUUCGUUGACCUGACUGAUUUACAUAACCCUGAAAGCAGACCCAGUAUUUGGUCAUCUCCAGUCAAUAAGUAAUCCUGGAUUAAAGGACACUUUGUCAUUUAAAGCAUCAACGAUAAUGAGUUCUAACAUGCGAAAACAUAACAUAGAUUAAAAAAAAAAAAUAGAUAUAUAUACACACACACACAUUUUGAAGUUCUGCAUUUGUCAUGCUGUGCAAUUCUGCUGUGAGAUCUGCCAAGACCAGGAAGUGACACAGCCUUUAAAGAUGCUCUGUUAAGUCUGCUGUAGUGGCUAUGGUUCCAAGAGGGCCCUGGUGCACACACAGUGUAAUUUCUCAAACCCUUUUAACAACUUACCUAUGUUCCCUAAGUGCCCGUGCCUGCAGGCCCUGCAUUCAAAUUUAUUUAUUUUAAGAAUCUGGAAAGCUUUACUGAGCUCCACUGGAAACAUCCAGCUUUUCGUGCAGAAAGAGGCCAGGUUUCACUCUUGUAUCAGGGACAUCCAGGGAAGUUGUCAUACUGUUCUAAAAUUAUUUUGUCAAAUUACACUGUGAGGGCAUCAGGGCACUCCUUGCAGCAUUACUACAGCAGGCUAUGAAGCAUCUUCCUUUAACUCACAAUAGCAUUGCAGAGCUUAUCCCAUAAAUGCCUGAUUGCUAAAGGAGUCUGGGGAGAUUUAAUUCCAUUGUCCGUUUUCCAUUGCAGAAUAGUGCCAUGCAAGAAAUAAGUGAUGACAUCCAUAUAAAAUAUAACUUGAGUGUAAAAGGAAAAGAUUGCCGUUUUGAAGUGAGGGGCAGAAAGGCUGGACAUACUGAGUAAAACUAUUAAACUGAAUAGUAGCAAUAAGAGACAUAGCAGUAACCUAGCCUACACUUUACACCUAACAGAAAUUAACUGUAUUCAUUUUACAGUCACCCCUCGCUAGUUGGGCAUUGAGAGAAUUUUGCAUGCUGACAAUUUGUUACUUAGCUGGCUUUAUCACAGUUUGUUUUUCUAUUAAAUUUGCAAAAAUAUAUUCUACCUUCAUUAGCCUUUCAACAUAAUAUAUUAGGGAAUAGAAACUGAAGAACGAAGAGGCUUAAAUUUGUAUUGUUUAUCAAGCUCACAGCAGCAAGCUGUAGCAAGUGGGCUAUUAGUUCAUCCAGUUAUGUCUAGUCGUUUGGUUCCUAUAAGUCUAAUGAUUUAGGUUUAUUCCUUUUGCAGUGUUUUUGUUACGCAUAUUUUAUAUCGGGGUUGAGGGGGGUCUUUUUUUUAUAUUUAUUAAAUCAGAGUUUAUAAAAAAAAAAUUUCCCAUACUAAAUAUAAAUCCGUAGACAUUCGUCACACUAGGCAUCAAAACCACAUCAGCUUAGUGUAGUGUCCAUAGGUACCAUCACAUGGUUUUUGUGUUUAGAAAAGGUUUGGCUAAAACCAGGAUCUCCCUGGCAAAAUUAGUUCACCCUCUCCCACCAGAUUUAUUAUUGAAUUGUUUAUAACCGGGACCAGACUGAGAGCAUUGGUGGUAGACUAGUCCUGUGCUCUUAACUGGCCAGUUUGGGCAAAAUUGAUACUUAAAUAUACUGCCCAUUAAAUGAUAAUUGAACUUUUAAAAACAAGCAACUCUUGUAGCAUGAUAUAGUGGUUAUGGUGCUUGGAGUGUUCCUAAAACACUGUCUGUCUGAAAGAGUGCAUAUUCUGCAGACUCCUGACCAGCACUAAAAUAUAUUUACUUAUAUAUAUAAAAAAAAAAAAAGAGAGAGUAACUGUAGUCUGCUGACUUCGCCUUAGUUUUAUGAAAGGAGAUAACAGACGUAAUUGCAGUGGUAGGUAGCCGUAUAGCUGGAACGCGUUUUCCAAAAUGCUGCAGUUAUAAGCAAUUGGGUGCAGGGAAACCAUGAGUGGGCCUUUCUUUGACCAAUAUCCUAUGCAAAAAGCAUAAGUCGUUAUAUCUUUCUAUGUGUAUGUACUCUAUAUACUUUUAAAUAAUGCAGAGUUUAUUAUUUACACUUUGCUCUGUCACCUUACAUGACAUUGUAAUCCAGCACCAUGAAGGAUCUAUAGGUAAAACGUUGCAUAGUUCCUUAGUGUAUGAAAUCUGAUCUAAUCUAGCUAUCUCUCUAGCUACCUGACUGUCUUGGAACAUGUCCGGGAGUUUAACUGUCUGUUCCUUACAUUCCAACACCACUCACUCCCUUUUUUUAUGAUGCCGGUUUGUUAAUAUGGAGCAUAGGGCACAUUCCUUUCUAACAGAAACACACACCUGCCAUAUUUACAUCUUACUGCAUUUCUAUCACAUUUGAUUUUUGGGUACGUAGAGGCAGAAUAAAAUAUUUGGGAUAAAUAGUGAUUCAGUUCAGGUAUUUUUAAUGUGAACCUGUUCUCUGAAAAGGUGACUAGGUUCAUAAUACAAUAUAUUAUGUAGAGGGUUUUGUUCAUUAAAAUUUCUACCAUAACACUGUAGCCUGCUGAGAGCACCCAUCUUCUUUUCCCUAGGUGCUGGGGGGAGAGGCGGUCUGUCACUAGCUUGCCCCGUGCACUCACAGCAGAUGCAGAGUUUGCACAGAACUCCCAUUAGACAAACUAGAAGUCUUGUUCCGCGCUGGCUAAUGACACCCCAAUGAUGUUGUCAGAAGUGGGGUUUCACCUCCGCAGCAGAUGGGUUAAACUCUGUUUGUUCAGCGUUUCAUAGUGAAACACUGCACAUACAGACUCCAAUCACAAUAACCACUUAAGAUCAGUGAAGAAGUCAUGGUGCUUGGAGUUCUCAUUUACAUUGAUAUUUUUGGGGGUGCUCAUUAAUUUGGUGUUGCCACAGGUUUAUCAAGUAGUUUUAAUUCAAGUAUCAAUCAAUAAGAGAGAAAUGGCUUUCUUGAUGUGUUAAUAAAUCUUAUCUGGAGUCAUUGUUAUCACUUAGGGAACCUAUAGUCCUGAAAAUAGCAAUAGUAUUUUUGGGGACUAUUGGUUCCCUCCUAUUGCUGUCAUCACUGCCCAUUCCCCUUUGCUGCUUAAAAUUAAAAUUCUAUAAAAACUACUUACUUUUUUCCAGCACACACUGUAGAUGUGUUGGUGCUUGAAGUCUUUCUGUAACUUGUAUUUUACAUUCGUCAUUUUUCCCUUUUGUCUUUGGUUUGCUUUUACAGAUUGUUGGGAAGACAUUCUAUAAGGAAAUUGCUUAUACAAACACUCCAGGCACUGUAACAUCAUCAAAUGAAGUUGUUUUGGUGCCAGGAUGUCACUUGUGCUGGCUCACCUUAAGGGGUUAAACCAUUCUCGCAAUAUAUAUAUAAAAUCCAAAAUGUAAAAGAGAAUUUUAGAAAGAGAAGUGAAGGAUUAAUUGGAAACAUGUUGUGAAGGCCACAUGUGCAGACUUUUCCUGUGCAGAAUGUCAACACGUAACAAGAAAGUAAAAUAUCUUGGCAAACUGCAGAAUGGCUUUAAAUAUGAAUUUUAUUUUUUUUUGCUUUAAAAUCAGCUAGGAUAAUUAAAUUAAUGCACGUUUAUGGAUAUAAUGCUGCUCCCACCUAUCUAUCCUCCCUUAUACACAAGUAUGUCCCGUCUAGGCCCUUACGAUCUGCUGAAGACUUACGUCUAUCUUCUGUCCGUACUCCCACCUCUGAUGCUCGCCUCGAGGGCUCCACCGUUGCUGUGGAACUCGCUUCCCUCCUCCGUUAGAUGCUCACCCAGUUUCCACUCCUUCAAAAAAUCAUUAAAAACCCACUUCUUCAUAAAAGCGUAUCAAUUAAACUGUUAAUAGCUCCCGACUGAUUCCUCUUCUGCAACUGUCACUAGUCUAAUACUAUCCUUACCUUUUUGUGUCACUUUACACCCCACUCCCUCUAGCAUGUAAGCUCAUUGAGCAGGGCCCUCAACCCCUCUGUUCCUGUGUGUCCAACUUGUCUGGUUACAACUACAUGUCUGUUCGUCCACCCAUUGUAAAGCGCUGCGGAAUUUGACGGCGCUCUAUAAAUAUCAUAAUAAUAAUGAUGUAUAUCUAAUUGCAUGAAAUGCCAUUUAAUUUAUCUGUAAGUUAUGGUUUUAUUGACUUCAGAAAAUAUGUAAUGUUUAAUUUGUACAGAUUUUCAGAAAAGUCUUCUGUUCAUUAAUUUUUCUGCAGCAAAACCAUAUCCUAUUUUGAUUUUGGUUUGCUAGUGUGUAGGCUGCAGGGGUCUUUUACUGUUAUCAGGCAUGCAUACUCUUUCUCCUAUACAUAUAAUUACUUGUUCAAUGUUUUGUUUAGGCGUUGGCCCGUGGUGUCUGUUGAGAAGAGUCUAAAAAGACUUUAGUCUCAUGUCCACUCCCAAGCUUUCACCAGGUUCUUUAUAAAAACGUGUCCACACCUUGUUAAUCAAAUUGAACUCCCACCAAAGGUGAGACCGAGAGAAAGCAGGAUAUAAUCUUGACAGGUGUAAUGCUAGCCUUUAAUGUUAGUCUAGUGAGAGUUUAGACGUUUCUAUAAUUUCAGGGUGUGUGUAAUAAGUCUGGAGAGGUUCAGAGCUUAUAGACUUUUACCAGUACUUCCAAGUAGAGAAAAAGUUGCGCCAAUUAAUAAAUAAAUAAUUUUAUUAUAAAAUGUCUAAUAUUCAGCAAAAAUGUGGAAUACUAAUUUUUAGAUUGGAAACUAUUUUAGUUUUGCCUGGAGUAUCCCUUUAAGAUAGCUCACCUACCCCUCCUUUACCCUGUGUGUUGCAAGCUGGGAAGGUUGCCAAUAGGUGUGUAUUUAAAUGCAUAGUUUGUGUGAUGCCGUAACCUUUGCUCUGUAUUUAUAUCUACGCAUGUACAUGUGGCUCAGCGCCUGAGACUUCUGCUUGCCGAACUGCUUGAUCCCAGUCCGUAUCUGUCUAACUCGCAGAACUUCGAUUAGGUCACUAUCUAAUCAUUCACAUUUAUAGAUUUAUGAUUUAAGAAGAAACUGUGUGAUUGUGAUGAUCUGUGUAUACCAACUAACAGGUAUUAAAAAUUAUGUGUUUUGUAUAGAAAAGCACUACACUUUUAUUAUGUUCAUUGGAGCUGAGCAGAUUGACAGGUAAAUGUCCUAAUAGUUGUCUUGAAAUGUAUGGUGUCUUAAUGUAACUUUCAAUUUCUUUUAGGGGGUUUUAGAGCAGGGGAUGCCAAAAGGUAAACCCCAUCCCACACAGUUAAUAUUUUUGACUGUAUUUUAAUAUCUUUGAUUGUGUUUGUUUUUAAUUAUUUGAGAUCACUGAGGAAGUUAUUUUAUGAAUGAAACACGUAGGAUCUGGGCUCAAAAAUAAAUUGUUUAAACUUUAUUUUAUAUUUUUUUAUUCUGGUAUAAUACAUACUUUUAUACUUACCUGGAUUCCUGACUCCUCUUGGUUCCUGGAUUUAAACAUCAGUGACAGUGAGCAGGUCGGUGUAGCCCCUCAUUACCAUCAGGGAAGGCACCCUCAAGGUGAUAAACUACACAUUCUGUGGAAUAAGUGUGUCACUUUAUUUAUUUGUAACAGUAUCACACUGUUUUGUUGAUCUAUUCUUUUCAGAUUAUACAGCUGUAUCCCAUUUCUCUUUCUAUAUACAUACUUUGUUGUUUUGGUUACCUUGGGAAGUUGUUGACUAUUUUCUGUUAAAUUCACCGAGCACUUAUUGUGAUAUAAGGAAGUAAAUUGUUUUUGUUAUGUUGUACACAGCUAAUGCUAAGGCUGUCAGAGCAUCAUGAGAGUUGUAGUACUAUAUCAGCUAGGGAACAACCUUUGGCCACCCAAUCUCUGAGCAAUUCCUAGGAAAUAAAAGGACUCUAUUUAGAAUAUGAUGGCAUGCUAUUGUUUCUUUACUGUUUUGCAUAGUCUUACUUUAUCUAACUUCCAUCUCCAUUUAUGAACCUGAACCCUGACUUUUUUUAUUUAUUCAAGAAUGUUUGAAAAACUUGCUAUUUAAUUAGUUAAAGGAGCAUUAUGGUGCCAGGAAAACAAACUCUUUUUCCUGGCACUAUGGGGUCCCACUGGGCUGAAGGCGUUAAAACUUUCCUAUGGAUGUCAGCGUCUUCUCACUGUGAUUUUCACACAGAGAAUCGUGGAAGCGGCCUCUAGUGGCUGUCAGGGAGACAGCCACUAGAGACUGGAUUAACCCUCAAUGUAAAACAUAGCAGUUUCUCUGAAACUAUGUUUACAGCUGCAGGGUUAAAACUAGGUGGACCUCGCACACAGACCACUUCAUUGAGCUGAAGUGGUCUGGGUGCCUGUAGUGGUCCUUUAACUUAAAGGACAACUAUAGUGCCCUAAGGGUGCCCCCACCCUCAGGGUCCCACUCCCGUGGCGCUGAAGGGGGAGGAAGGGGUCCCAUGGCACUGGGACUCUCCUCCCUCUUCUGAUGUCCCUGGCAUGUGCGGCAAGAGCCGCGUGCACAUUCAGCCAGUCCAUAGGAAAGCGCCUCUAGCGGCUGGCAAUGAGACAGCCACUAGAGGCUGGAUUAACCCAUAGAUAAACAUAGCAGUUUCUCUGAAACUGCUAUGUGUACUGCAGAAAGUGUUAAACCUAGCUGGACCUGGCACCCAGACCCCUUCAUUAAGCUGAAGUGUUCUGGGUGCCUAUAGUGGUCCUUUAAUUGCAAAGAAUGCUUAAAGCACACUGUUUACUUGUUUUUCCUCCUACUAUAACAUUGAUUUGAAUUAUGAGCAUGCUGGGGAUAUGCUCCAUUUUUUAAAUAGCACCUAAUAGUAACUGAGUGGUGAUUUCCUAUGGUAUGUUAUUAACAGUAUUGUUGAAAAGAGGCUUAUUCACUUCCAUACUUACAAGCACACAGGAGCUAGCUAAUGACUGCUCAAUAAGAAUGUUGGUCUCUAACCACUGAGAUGCAAUUAAACACUGCAUAUCCCAUUGCAAGAAGCUGAUUUUGUAACCAUUAGGAGCGUAUAUAGAUGAGGAUGUAGAAUUGUGUAUGUCAUCAUCUACAAUUAACUUUGCCAGUGUUCUAAUUAUUGUCAUUUUUAUUACUUUUUUUUACAUUUACGUACAUUUUAUAUUUACACAUUUUAAAUUGAUAUUUUGAAUGUGUUUUGUCAUUUGACUGAUCUAUAUAUAUAUACCCAGUAUCACAUGUGAUUUUUGUCAUGCAUCCUGUUGGAAACACUACAUUUGAAUAAAAACACUAAAUAAUAAUUGCAAAAAAAGUGUUUUGUUUCAGGUUUAUGCUAAACCAGAUAAUUUUGUUGAAUUUGUAGAAUUGUGAGUGAAUUUAUAAUGUGAGCUGAAAGCACAAAAUUGUCUCUUCUUGCUGCCAAACUAUCUGCAUUAGAAAACUAAAUGAAAUACCCUUACAAUUAUCACGGGAAUCACUAGCCUUUAGCUGCACUGUUACAAUAGGACACAUCAUCUCUGGCAAGAAUAGGGGAUUUAUGAAAGUCCAACUCCUGAGUUUACAGACUGAACUACAUACACUGUAAGGGUAGACAAUCCAGAGGAGUGAGGUUUGAUUAGAGAAACUGUGAUUGUUAGGCGUUCUUAGGACAUGUUGGCAGGCCAUCAUGUCUAGUGGAAUUUUAUGUUGUUUUUUUACAACAUGCAGGCUGUAAUUAGACAUAAAGUAGUAGCCGCUAUUAAACUCGAAAGAAUGUGGUGGUUGUGUGUGAGGACAGGGAGUUGGGUCAAAGGUAGUAGGAAAAAGGUGGGGUGCCUGAAUACAUUCAUAGUCUUUGUGACCAAGAACAGGAAAAAAAGAGUGUAAUUAGUUUGCUGUUGAAAGGACGUGCAAGAUUGCCUAUUGUGUGACUUGAAUUAGAAUUCACAAUUCAGCCUGGAGAUCUUACUGUUUCUGUAUGUUUGUACAAACCAGCCAUUAGUACAGUAGUCUUUAACGCCUCAGUCACAACCUCAUUUGUUCUCUCUUGUAUUUUUUUUUGGGGUGCCCAUGGGUUGGACUAAGCACAUAUUAUUCAUCUGUCCCUAGGUACUUUUGUGUCUAAAAUGUUCUGCUGAAUUUAUUUUAGUAGGAUCCCAGUAGGAUUUUGGUCAAUUGAAGAAUAGAUCACUGAGCUAAUUAUACUGUUGGAGAAUUGGUCAUCAAGCAAAUUCCUUAUACAACCCUGUCAAAAGAAUCUGCCUAUCAAAACAAUAUUUGUGUGAUUAGAUGCAUUCAUUUUCUUGAAAUGGGUCAUACAUUUUUAAAGCAUCAUAAUCACUUUGCCUCAUUGCAAACCACCAUCACAAAUCAUGUUGGCGAGUGGACCACAAAAGCAGUGAUAUGCCACUAUGGUGUCAUUCGGAUUGCAAAACAGACUCUGAAUACCCUAAACUGAUUUUGAAGUUCAACUUGUCCGAACAGCUGAAAUCAGGAUCCAAACAUUAAAAGAAUGCUAAUUUUAGCAGCCAGUGGCCAAAUAGAAAAACAAAAUGGCAGUGCAAUGAUUACGUAUUAAGGCUAGCCAUUCGCCAUAGUCAAAAAUAACCAAUAAACAUAAUAUAAAAGCCUAUGUGGUAAAUAUUUGACUCCCAUCUAUAUAAUCAGAUGUAAUAGUAGUGGGACAGUUACUGUCCCAGCAAUGUUAGAGUUAAAAGAUUAGAGGAAAACAACACAGUGCUCCAAAGCAAUAGAAUUUCCCAGUGGUGUUACCUGUGUAUCAAGGAGCUUUAAAGCUGUAAUCUCCGUGUUUGUAUGUGGCGUGCCUGUAUAAAUGUAAUAUGUGCAGCCUUCAUUAUUUCAGUAGGUCUGUUCUUUGCAGUUAUUGGUAGCCCCCUAUGUUUCACUAUGGCACUUCUGUGACCCCUGUAUAUAUCGUCAGACUCCACUGACUAAGGGACACUUUAAAACUAUUACCCAUGUAAUGCAGUGAACAAUACGGUUUCAGGUGUCCUUAUAGACAUGUCUUCUGACACCCAUGAUUCUUAUAAUGAACAAAGCAAUAUAAUGCCCAGAAUGUCCUCUAGUAAAUAGAGUCUAAACCAUUCAACCAAGGUGAACACAGCAUUUUUUAUAAAGACUGCAUGUUUCGCAAAUGUCUGUUUAACCCCUUAAGGACACAUGACAUGUGUGACAUGUCAUGAUUCCCUUUUAUUCCAGAAGUUUGGUCCUUAAGGGGUUAAAGUCCAAUGGAUGAUGUGUUGUGUAACUAGGUCUUCCAGUGAAAGUAUUGUUUUGCCAUAUGAUAAACUUUAGCAUGGUGAUCUCUUGACAGUUGUAAAUAGUUGCCAAACAAGAUCGAUUGAUGGCUAGCAAGAAACAGAAAGGACAACAAUAGUGGUUUUGUUUUUAUUAGGAUGGGCUGCCAUAUGAAUCAUCUGUUAUUUUUUUUUUUUUUUUUUUUCCCAAGGCUAUUACUUUUAUGAUGAAUCCUCAAAAUGUGUUUUGUUCCUAUCAAAAACAAAAUAUUAAUGCUACACCAUAACACUGUCAAUCUUAAAAGAACAUUGUAGUGUUAAGAAUACAUACAUGUAUUCCAAACAUUAUAGUGCUGGAGUAGCUGUUCAGGUCACUGGUUCCCCUUGGAUGGGGAGAUAAAAGGUUGGCCCCACCUAAUGACUGCGAUAACCUUAAUCAGUCUUGAUGAUCUCAGCCAAUCCAAUGCUUUUCCCAUAGAAAAGCAUGGGGUGGCAAUUGCACAUGCACAGCAAAACACCACGCUGCAUUCCCAGCGCUACAAUGCAUCCCCAUUGGGAUCGUUCACUGUCUCCAUACAGAGCCGCACAGAAAUAGGAAGCACCUCUAGUGGCCGUCUGAGUGACUGCACCUAGAUGUUUUAAUAGGCAGCAAUGUAAACACUUUAACUAAUUCGGUGAGUUAAAAUGCUUAUAAUGCUUUACAUUGGAAAGUCUGCAGGGACAUGCUUUAAACACCAUAACCAAUGGAUUGAGCUGUUUCGGUUCUGGUGACUAUAGUGGCCCUUUAAACUUUCGUUUUGUAGAGAUCCAAAUGGCUUGCAUGGCAUUAAAGACUAAUUUUAAGUGCCCCCUCCAACUUGGUAACUCGUUUAAUUCUAUGAAAAACUUAAUGGAGCUUUUUUCCAACAGUAUUGUGAUACAUAAACAAAUUCUGCCAAUACCAUCAUUAGACUCUUCCCAGUGGCAAAUGGGACCUCUGCCGUUAGGGAGGCAGUUCUGCUUCAAAAAGCAGGGAAGGAAGAUAGUACAAUAAUCUUACUCCUGAGCGGGGGUUAACCCCUAGUGCAACGAAAUGCACCAUAAAACUAAACAAUAAGGAAGGGAGACAGGAGAAGGGACAGGAUGAAUGAUAGUGUCCUGCAGAGUGGUAGUUGCCUCGUUAUAGAGGGGGUGACCUUAGAAUAGGUUGGGCUCGGGGAGAUCACAAAAGAGGAAAGAUAAUUAAAACUUCACUUUUAAUGUAAAUAGUUAAAAGGGGGGGUAUACAAACAAAUUUUAGUUCAAAUAACUGUUGUAAGAAAUCCUCAAGUGAUACCGUUACACUGCCUGUUAACAGAAUUAAAUGCCACUGUGGGAACAACCGCUACAAUUUAGUAGUGUCAACAAUGUAUCGAUAUACCAGUACCCGGGCUCAAGGAAAAAUAGCGGAGUCCCAGUGAGCUGCACUGAAGCUGUUAACAAAGCUGAUCAUGUUUACCGAAACUGCAGUGUCUGGACUCCAAAACAAGCUUGAGAGUGCCAGUGUACUGCAGAAAAGAGCAUCUCAAAAAUGAUGACAGGGUCCUGAGUUAAAGACUGUGAGAAAUAGCAUCUAGAGGUAUGUGCACGCGGGAGUACCUGCAGUAUAGUAACUAGGAGGUGCAAACUGCAAGAUGUUGCCUGGUAGAUUCUGCAGGAACUGGCUUAAUAACCCACAAGCCAUGGGUAGAGAGAGGUUAACUACCAAAACACUGGAAAUCCUAGUGUUAUGGUAUGUGCAGGCGGGAGUACCUGCAGUAUAAUAACUAGGAGGUACAAACUGCAAAGAUAUUGCCUGGUAUAUUCUGCAGUAACUGGCUAAAUAACCAACAAGCUAUGGGUAGAGAGGGGUUUAACUACAAAAACACUAGGAAUCCUCCUAUGCUUGUGGUCCCUAAGUACUUGUGCCUUCGAGAGCACCCCCAUAGCCAAAAGCCUACAAUCUCCUAUGGAAAUACAAAUAGAAAAUUUCCCACCAAUACUGCUACAAUGAAAGAAGUGAGCUGGAAAUGCCUAGACUUUGUAGGCUGCUUCAAGUGCUGCUGGGUAACGGCCGAGCCGAUGCCAAUAGAAAGCUCUAAUUGGUAUGGUAAGUAAAGAGGUGAAACGCGCGUCAGGGGAAACAUCACUGGCGCUAUCCACCAGUCACUUUACUAAGAGUGACCUGUCACUUCACUAAGAUUGACCUCUUUACUUACCAUACAAAUUAGAACUUUCUAUCGGCAUCGGCUCGGCCGUUACCCGCACUGGUCAUCGUAAUCACAGGAAGCUCUUUGUCUGACGCAAUGGAGGUGGGGAGCAGACCCCAGAAAAGCCGUAAAACCGUGGUAAAACAGUUUGACUACUUACAAUGGGAGUGACCCAGAGAACUCCUGGCACUAUAACCACUACAGUGUACUGUAGUGGUUAUGGCGCUUUAUUUUCCUUGAAGUGCAUCCACUUUACUAAUUGAGUUGGUUUCUUAAUGUAUAUAUAGCAUAGUCACAGCUUUAUCUAUCAAGAUUGUAGUGGAUCAACCGGGAAUUGUCAAAUACUUAAACGUUUGUAAAAUAUGUGUGUAACCGAGAGAUAGUUAUUGUAUAAAUGGUUCCAGAGGUUAAUGUAAAAUGUUUCAUAAAAAAAACAAAGGUAUCUCCACUAUGCUCGUGUAAAGAAGUGUGUGGUUUGUUUUGGUUUGUAUUUAAGUUUUAAGAAAUGGAAAAACGAGAGCAUAAAAAGUAACAAUAUUUUUUUUGUGUAUUUUUACAGCUAUGUGGAGGUAGAACAGGGGUUUGUUAAACCACUUGUCUCCGCCGGUAUGUAGGUUGCAGUUUGGAACAGCUGUAGUACUGGGUACAUUCUUGGUGGAGAAGGUCAAGGGCAACUUUGUGGUUCUCUGUCUUAUCUCAAUAGGACAAGCAGUCUCACUAGGGCUUGAGAUGCAGAGGUCCUUGUUGGUUUAGCAAAAAAUGAUUUGGACAAACCGUGUUGUACCAGUGAGAAUCAUUAAUUUAAUGGAAGAGAUAUGGUUGCUUUUUUAAUUGAUCCAAUCUGAACCAAGUACCCUUCUCACAUUUCUGAGCACUGAAAGACUCCUAACACAGAUUUGAAGUUGUAAUUUGUAUCCUUGUAGACCAAAUGUAAUUCUGGAUACAACGUACCCAAAUGUGUUCUUUUAGUGGACAAUUGAGCUAUUUUGUCCCCAGUGAUAAUUAUCAUAGAUUUUGAUUCUCUUUUAAUGUGGGAGCACAUUCACUGGAAUUUGUAUUUCUCUGCAGCAAGUUCUUUUAUUAGUUUAUAAGACCUAGUAAAACAUAAUUUUUAGAUUUUAUUUUUUUUCUUUGUAGUAGUUUUCUGGGAAAUAAAUCGUUGUUGUUCAUCUGGUAUGCAUACCAUCACUAGGAGACUUUGUAAGCACGUCUGAACUAGGAAAAGUAAAACGAUCAUGCAUUUAGUAACCUAUAGCACAAAAUCUAAUAAUUGCCAGUUCAGUCUUCUGCCCUGGCACUUUAGCCAAGAGCAAUUGGGUAACCACCCAUCCAGGCGGUGUGGAGUAACAGUAGUAGACAGGGAGGGAGCUUUUGGUGCUCCAGAAGCUGAAAUGUAAUUAAGGUGGCCCAUGCCUUCCUCCAUUCUAAGGAGCCAGACAUUACCUGCAGUGGAAGAAGCAGCUGGUGGUGCUGGAAAAAGUCCUACUGCAGACUUUGAACUUAAUGUGGAAUAUCCUCACAUGCAUGUGAAAUACUGUAUCCAAUCAGUGGGAGACGUAAAAGACUUGACACGGACAUACUAUCUCAUAUCAACCAACCACCUGCGUGUGACAACCUUCUGCCUUCAAUAUAAACUCACAGUAUUAGCCAAUCUGAACAUUCACCUAGCCUGCAAAUGGUCCACAUGGGAAAUUCCUGCAUCAAAGAGAGCAAGCACUGGUAACAGUAUGAGGAUCAAUCUGUUGCUACGGAGCCGCCAUGGAUAUGAGAAAAUGCUUAGUUCGUUGGAAAGGUUUUAGACAGUGGAAGUCUAACAAGGCCCCACUUGUAUCUGAGAAUGCAGGAAGAUUGUCCAUCCAGGCAGCUCCUGAACUCCAUAAACACACAACUCCGUGGAACAAACAAGCUGAUAAGCCCAAACUAGUAUACAAAUGUCAAUCACUAAGAUUGGUGCAGUCCCUCACUUCCGCUUUUGAACUAUCAUUUAAAGCAGGGUGGAUAAAAUUAGCGGAUUAUUAAAAAAUAAAUAAAUAAAUAAAAAUCUGUUUUCUAUUUAAGAUGCAGUGUUCUCCAACCCAGUCCUCAUGGAUCAUCAAUGGUCCAGGUUUUGUCCGUAUUGGAAUAAAACAGGGAAAUACUUCAAUCCUGGACUGUUGGUGGUCCAUGAGGACUGUGGUGGAGAACACUGGUCUAAAGGUUAUUUGCCAUGAAAUAUGGUUUAAAUAUGGAGCAUGAGGUUGUAUAAUAAUGCAAUAUUUUAUAUUUUUUGGUAAAUUAAUUCCAUUCAUGUAAGUUGUUAAUUGAACUUGUCGGCACAUGCACUUUUACAAUGAUGUGGUUUGUUUUUUUUAAGUUUUUUUUUAAAAGACCUUAUUCCAAUUGAUAUUCUGUAAAUAUAUGUACACAAAAGGAACACUAUUAAUUUAAGUUGUUCUCCAGACAUGAAUGAUUAACCUAUGAAAUAGGAGAUCACCUUGAAAUAAUGUCAUCAUUAUCUAUCUGUGGAUUUCUGGCUAUUAUUCAUUAACUGAAAAUUUCUCUACAGUAUUUAAGUAGAACCUAAAUAUUUAUAUGUGUACAUUAUAUACUACACUAUGAGUUUUUUAAUGACUUAUCGGUCCUGGUGUGCUUUAAUUGGUGGUAAUUGUAUUUGUAUGUCUGUGUGUACUUUCACUUACAUUCAGAACCAAAACUAUUUUAUUCAACCGUUUUUCUCUUUUUUUUUUUUUUUUUUUUUCUUCAGAUUAAAACACAAAAACAACCAAAAUGGCAGAAGCCCACCAAGCUGUGGCAUUUCAGUUUACAGUUACUCCAGAUGGCAUUGAUCUUCGCCUGAGUCAUGAAGCACUUAAACAGAUCUACCUCUCAGGGCUGCGGUCCUGGAAAAAGAAGAUGGCUCGGCUUAAGGUAAGAGGAACAUUUUAGUGGUUAUGGUGCAAAAAACCUUUGAGCACCAUCAUUUAUUAUUAUUCAAACUGUUUUGCAGCAGUUUAACAACUAACAGGACUCCUCCUGGACCCAACAGAUCAUGGCAUCUUCAGCUGCUUUUACAAUGCAGAAUUUAUACUUUUGCCUUUAUUAGUUUAGCCCUCCCCUAGCUCACAGCUAAUCAUUGCCAUCCAGGGUGGACAGAAUUCAUACGGUUAAUUAAAAAGAAAAAGAAAAACCCAUGUUAUCAAAGUGGUUAAAGACUUGUCUAGAGUUUACAGUGAUAUUUCUUUGUCAAACCUCUCUAAAAUUGUCUGACAAGAAAUAGGACAGUUCACAGACUGUUCGUACCUUAAUCUCUAAACUGAACUGUUACAGUGCUUGUAGAGUGUCCUUAUGUAAAGACCUUUAAUCUAUAUAUUGUUUACAAGCAGUUUAUCCACAAAUAUGAAUACACAUAGGAAUAUAUUGAAGUUUACCAUUUCAUUUAUUUGGCAUUAAGGUUGGUUAUAAUUAGUACACACUCUCAUUAGUUAGUCGCCGUGCACACACUCAUUAAUCUCUCGUACAGAGGGAACUUGCUGGCAUUUUGGAUCUGGACUGCCUGUACAGGUGGGACUAGUCUGAUAUGCUUCAGAUAUGUUUUCUCUGUAAUGGCACAAGUUGAGCUAAAACUGGCUUGAGAUCUGAAUGGGGACCCACCAAAGGGUGGGCUAAUUGAGCUGUUGUCUGUUCUCACCUCACUUGCUACUAAUUUUUUACGCUCAUGAGUUAGUUGCUGUACCUUGCCCAUUCAAUGACUGUUUGCCAUUCAGCAUUAUUAAAAGACUGUUUUGCUUGUUUUUGUUUUGGUGGGGGGGUAAGUUGUACGGUAAUUGUAAUAUUUAACUUUAUUUUAUUUGUUUCGUGUUUUACAGAAUAGUUUUAUCACGGGAGUUUAUCCUGCUAGCCCCUCCAGCUGGCUUUUCGUGGUGAUUGCCAUUAUGGGGACCAUGUACGCACGUGUGGAUCCAUCCAUGGGAAUGAUUGGAAAGAUCAAGGAACAUCUACCAGUGAGGUGUGUAUUGAUAUGUUUUGCUAUCCCUCCUACAGUGCAAUUGUACACAUACAGAAUUCUUGUAUGGAUAGUGUUCUAAGGAAUGUAUUUUGUAUGGAAACUUCAGUUUAGUAUAAUUUUAUUUCUGCCCUCUAUUUAACAUGUGCAGUUUGCAUAUGGUCUUCAUCAUUAACUCUGCCUGCUAUAGAAGUUACAUUACAAGCAUGGGAACCUACUAUUUACCAUUUUUUCUCUGUCACAGUUCCCAGCAUUUGUGAUUCACAUUAAGGGAAACCCUAAUUCUCUUGGGGUUGCCAGCGUUUGUACUUUAUAUCUUGAAGAUUUUUAAGUGAUAAUGUAUUUCGACUCUUGAAAACGUGAGAGCGCUUUGUCAUUUCAUUUUGUAUCUUCAAGUUCUGUAGCAUGCAUUUCAACAAAGCACGCUAUUGAUUGCUGUGUGACUAACUGAACAGUAAAACACAGGAUUUUAACUGCUCUAAAACACUAAUCUCUUUAAUAGUUGAAGUGAUGUGGCAAGUUUAGUUGAACUGAGUGGGAAAAGUCUAAUCGCAGAGACACUCCUCUUGCAAUUUUAUUUCUACUGUACAGCCUUUAAGUGGGGGGGCCAUGUGAGCCAUGCCACAGAUCGCUUUGCUAUUCACUUUCAGCACAGUAGAUUACAGGAAAGAAGGAACAAGAACACUACAAACACACAUCUUUUCCCCUUGUAAACCAGCAAGGAUCAGCCCUGUGCCCUCUCAUUAUCCCCCAUUCCAUGACAAUAUGCAUGUAGUUCCUCGGGCGCUCACACCGCAAUAUGCAUGUACAGGUCCCUCCACAACAUUCUUAUACCCCUGUGAACAAUGUCUUUUAAUAUUGAUCUUUGUUUAACUUUUCUGAUGCGAUGACUGAAGAAUCAUUGCAGUUUUGCCAGUUUAUUGCUUUUAAUGUAGAAUCUCAGUUGUGUUGAGAUGUAGAAGUCUGUUAUUCUACCUUCCCCUUUGAUUAAGGCUUCUGUUCUGCCUUUCCUUUGCAGUGGUUACCUAUCUCACCAGGGUCAAAGCAUCGUUAGUGCCCUGCUAUUCUCCACAGGUCUCUGGUUUGCUCUCAUCAUGACAAUGAGAUAUAUUCUGAAGCAGCUCCUGUCAUACCAUGGCUGGAUGUAUGAACAGCAUGGCAAGAUGUCUGCCACCACCAAGCUAUGGCUGGUAAUGCAUUCAAAUUAUUUAUUUAUUUUUAAUGAGGAACAAACAACCUCACUUUCUUUGCUAUAGUUCACUAGUAUAGAUUCUAGGAUUGUAUACCUGUGUGUUUUAUAUACAAAUCUGUGCUCUCCCAUGCUGUAUUGUAGGGCAAAACAUUGCAUUACACUGAAAGCCGCAAUAAGUUAUAUAAUAAAUAAAAUAUAUAUUCCUGUCUGCAAAAAAUUGUCUCAAAUAAUACAGCUUAUAAACUGUCAAUAUUUGUUUUAUAUGAGUUAUAUAUGUAUUUUAUUCAGUGUUUUGGUUCAGUAGUAACUUACUGCAUCAAUAUGUAGUAUCAGUGACCGUUUAAAAUUACAUGUACCGAGCAAUAGUUACAACAAGCCUUGUUAUUGUGUUUUUUCUUUACAGACUCUGGUAAAGAUUUUCUCUGGUCGGAAGCCAAUGUUGUACAGUUAUCAAGCCUCCCUCCCCCGGCUUCCCGUUCCAUCCACUAAGGAUACAAUGCAGAGGGUGAGUUUGUACUGGUUGAAUGAAAGCACAUGCAUUGAGGUAAAAUGACCAGGUCUGACCAAAAAUACUUUGCUACCUGGCUCCAAGAAUAUAAUGCUGUCCUCUCCUUCCCUCACUUGUGAAGAGAGAGUGAGAGAGACACACAAUUUUUUUCUAGCCACAUAGCAGUAAAUAAUUAGCCACCUUUCGCUGCCUUAUUAACCCCACACAGACAUACAUAACUAUCUUCUCACCUGACUAACAAUACACUCGCAUGCUUUUAAUUGGUUGCACAAAUACAUAACCAGCAGCAAUCACUGCUCACUUGCACAAAAAUAUACCCUUAUGCAUAUUUAAUUAGAAACACAUACUAACACACAUGCACACCUAUCUCAGUUUAUAAGCUGCAGCACACAAUCACAAAAUCACACAUGCACACAAAAUAUACAUACAUGCUUAAAGUGACUCUCCAGUGCCAGGAAAACAAACCGCUGUCCGGGCACUGCAGGUCCCCUCUCCUCCUAACCCCCAUCCCAAGUUGCUGUAGGGGUUAAAACCCCUUUAGUGACUUACCUGUAUCCAGCGCCGAAGUCUGUCGGCGCUGGGUCAGGGUCUGCCCACGCUCCUCCCCCGCCUACGUCAUCCUGCGGGGGAGACCCAUUGCGCAUGCUUUCAAUGCUUUCCUAUGGGGAUUUCAGCAACGCUGGAGGUCCUCGCAUAGCGUGAGGACGUCCAGCGACACUAUAGCACACUUUUCAGGAAGUGCCCUCUACUAGACAGCCACUAGAGGAGGAGUUAACCCUGCAAGGUAAAUAUUGCAGUUUAUGAAAACUGCAAUAAUUACACUUGUAGGGCUAAGGGUACCCAGUUGGUACCCAGACCACUCCAAAGGGCAGAAGUGGUCUGGGUGCCUGGAGUGUCCCUUUAACAGACCCGCUGAAUUAUAUUCUUCCUGUCAUAAUAAUGAUUUCCAAAGGAGCCAUAUUUCUAGGGGGCUGUGUGUAGUUAUGUCAUGACAUUUUUUAAAAAUGUUAAAUCCUUAAACAGGAGAAAGCGCUUCCAGAAAUAAGCUAGGCACGUGGGAAUUGAUGCAGACCCUAAAAUAUGCUUCGGAACACUUCUCAGUGGUAACUUUGGCAUGUUGAAUGGAAGCCAAAGUUAACAGUAGAGAGAUCUCACAAUGAGAAAAUGUAUUAUUUAAUCAAAUAAACUUAGAGGUUCAUCUUGUUAUGGUAAGCAGCCAUACUUUGUGAACCAUGAAGGCUGACUGUGCUGCCAACAGACACUCUAUGCUACUUCUCACUUGUGCUUUGCAAAUUGCACUGAUGCUGACAGUUUGCACUUCUUGCCUUAUCAACUGUCAGGAUAAGGUAAAUGCAAGCAAAUGAAACAUGUACGUGCAAAGAUACAUCUACUGUAUUUUCCGGCGUAUAAGACGACUUUUUAACCCUUGAAAAUCUUUUCAAAAGUCGGGUAUUGUCUUAUACGCUGGGUGCUGAAACCGGACUGGCGAAUCUGUGGGUAAUGUUAACAGGAUUGGUCGAGCUUUAAGUGGUUAAGUGGGGGUAGUUUAUACCGAGACAGCCUGGUCUAUGGGACGAGUGUACUAUAAUUGGACAGUCACACAAGGACGCUCUACUAAUGCGGAACUCUUUUCUUUUGCCUUUUUCCAUGUACCGGUAUAUGUCCAGUUAUAGUACACUUGGUCUGCCUACUCAGCUGACUAUAACCGAAGUUACCACAGCCAGCCAUUACGUCGCCGCAUAUGGUGGGGGGAGCUCAAAAACGGCCGCGGCCGCAUCCCCACCGUAUGCGGCGACCGUAUGAAAGCAGCAAGGGCGGUGCUGUAAAAGAAGCCCUUGUAUCCUAUUACCGUACCUCCUUCUCUGCCUCUUAGGUUUCGCACAGAUCUCAGAUCUGCAGUGAAGCGGCGCAGGCACGCAUGUGCGAGAUCUGAGAAGCAGAGAAGGAGGUACGGUAAUAGGAUACAUGGGCAGGCCAGACGAGUGAAAGAGGCGUGUUUGCCAUAGUCUUGGAGACAGGGAGGGCUGGGCUGGCAGGGGGAGGUGACCAAUCCAACCAAUCGCCGGUAAGAAACAUAGAAACAUAGAAACAUAGAAUGUGACGGCAGAUAAGAACCAUUCGGCCCAUCUAGUCUGCCCAAUUUUCUAAAAACUUUCAUUAGUCCCUAGCCUUAUCUUAUAGUUAGGAUAGCCUUAUGCCUAUCCCAUGCAUGCUUAAACUCCUUUACUGUGUUAACCUCUACCACUUCAGCUGGAAGGCUAUUCCAUCCACUACCCUCUCAGUAAAGUAAUACUUCCUGAUAUUAUUUUUAAACCUUUGUCCCUCUAAUUUAAGACUAUGUCCUCUUGUUGUGGUAGUUUUUCUUCUUUUAAAUAUAGUCUCCUCCUUUACUGUGUUGAUUCCCUUUAUAUAUUUAAAUGUUUCUAUCAUAUCCCCCCUGUCUCGUCUUUCCUCCAAGCUAUACAUGUUAAGAUCCUUUAACCUUUCCUGGUAAGUUUUAUCCCGCAAUCCAUGAACCAGUUUAGUAGCCCUUCUCUGAACCCUCUCUAAGGUAUCAAUAUCCUUCUGAAGAUACGGUCUCCAGUACUGUGUACAAUACUCCAAGUGAGGUCUCACCAGUGUUCUGUACAAUGGCAUGAGCACUUCCCUCUUUCUACUGCUAAUACCUCUCCCUAUACAACCAAGCAUUCUGCUAGCAUUUCCUGCUGCUCUAUUACAUUGUCUGCCUACCUUAAGUCAUCAGAAAUAAUCACCCCUAAAUCCCUUUCCUCAUAUGUUGAGGUUAGAACUCUAUCAAAUAUUCUGUACUCUGCCCUUGGGUUUUUACGUCCAAGAUGCAUUAUCUUGCACUUAUCCACAUUAAAUGUCAGUUGCCACAAUUCUGACCAUUUUUCUAGUUUACCUAAAUCAUUUGUCAUUUGGCUUAUUCCUCCUGGAACAUCAACCCUGUUACAUAUCUUAGUAUCAUCAGCAAAAAGACAUACCUUACCAUCAAGACCUUCUGCAAUAUCACUAAUAAAAAUAUUAAAGAGAAUGGGUCCAAGUACAGAUCCCUGAGGUACCCCACUGGUGACAAGUCCAAGCUUCGAAUAUAUUCCAUUAACUACAACCCUCUGUUGCCUGUCACUCAGCCACUGCCUUACCCAUUCAACAAUAUUGGAAUCCAAACUUAAAGAUUGCAGUUUAUUGAUAAGCCUUCUAUGUGCAACAGUGUCAAAAGCCUUACUGAAAUCUAGGUAAGCAAUGUCUACUGCACCACCCUGAUCUAUAAUUUUAGUUACCCAAUCAAAAAAAUCAAUAAGAUUAGUUUGGCAUGAUCUCCCUGAAGUAAACCCAUGUUGUCUCUGAUCUUGAAAUCCAUGUGUUUUUAGAUGUUCAUCAAUCCUAUCCUUUAACAUGGUUUCCAUCACUUUCCCCACUACUGAAGUAAGGCUUACUGGCCUAUAGUUGCCCGACUCCUCCCUAUUACCUUUCUUGUAAAUGGGCACAACAUUCGCUAACUUCCAAUCUUCUGGGACUACACCUGUUAACAAUGAUUGGUUAAAUAAAUCUGUUAAUGGUUUUGCUAGUACACCACUAAGCUCUUUUAAUAGCUUUGGGUGUAUUCCAUCAGGUCCCAUUGACUUAUUUGUCUUUACUUUUGACAGUUGAAAUAGAACCUCUUCCUCUGUAAACUCACGUGUAAUAAAUGACUCAUUUAUCCUUUUUCUCAACUGAGGUCCCUUUCCUUCAUUUUCUUCUGUAAAUACAGAACAAAAAUAUUCAUUGAGGCAGUCAGCCUGACCUUUAUCCUCUUCUACAUACCUUCCUUCUUUUGUUUUUAAUCUAACUAAUCCUUGUUUUACUUUUCUUUUCUCAUUUAUGUAUCUAAAAAAUGUUUUAUCCCCCUUUUUUACUGUCUGUGCUAUUUUCUCUUCUGUGUGUGAUUUGGAAGCUCUUAUAACUUGCUUAGCCUCUUUCUGCCUAAUCUUAUAGAUCAUUUUGUCUCCCUCACUCUGGGUUUUUUUAUAAUUCCUAAAUGCUAACUUUUUGUUUUUAACUAUUUUGGCCACAUCUGCGGAGUACCACAGUGGUUUCUUGAAUUUUUUGCUUUUACUGACAAGCCUAAUGCAAUUUUCUGUUGCCUUCAAUAGUGCAACUUUUAAAUAAUCCCAUUUCUCUUGGACUCCAUUUAAAUUGCUCCAGUCUGAUAAUGACUCCUCUACCCAUAUUCUAAUUUUAGAAAAGUCUGUUUUUCUAAAGUCUAAAACUUUUGUUUUUGUGUGGUGUGACUCAGUCACUGUUCUUAUAUUAAACCACACUGACUCAUGAUCACUGGAUCCUAAACUUUCACCUACAGUAACAUCUGAUACUAAAUCUCCAUUUGUUAACACUAAAUCUAGUAUGGCCUCUUUACGAGUUGGCUCCUCAACAACUUGUUUUAGAGACAAACCCAGUAGGGAGUUUAGAAUAUGUGUGCUCCUGGCACAAGUAGCUAAUUUUGUUUUCCAAUUUACAUCAGGAAGAUUAAAGUCACCCAUGAUGAUAACUUCCCCCUUCAUUGUCAUUUUAGCUAUUUCCUCAACUAGUAGAUUAUCUAACUCUUCAAUUUGUCCUGGGGGCCUAUAAAUCACACCUACACGAGUUACUGUGUGAUUACCACACAUUACAUCACUUGCCGUGAUUGGCUGGUUGUUUUGGUCAGCUCUGUUUUGGUUAUACUGGGUACCACAUACAGUUCAGCACGAGUAUCUGUACCUGUUCAUACAGUACAGCACCAGUAUCUGUACCUGUUCAUACAGUACAGUACCAGUAUCUGUACCUGUUCAUACAGUACAGUACCAGUAUCUGUACCUGUUCAUACAGUACAGUACCAGUAUCUGUACCUGUUCAUACAGUACAGUACCAGUAUCUGUACCUGUUCAUACAGUACAGUACCAGUAUCUGUACCUGUUCAUACAGUACAGUACCAGUAUCUGUACCUGUUCGUACAGUACAUACAGUAAAUACAGUACAUACAGUACAGUAUACAAAUGUCCAACAGUCAAAAACCCAUCAUGGCUCCACCAGCAAGAAGAAAGAAAUAAGAAGCCAGUUUCAAACUUAAAGUUGUAAACUUUGCCAUGGAACAUAAUAACUGCGCUGCUGCACGACAAUAUGGAGUAACAGAAAAGAUGGUUCGGGAUUGGAAAGCAAAUGAAAAAGCAUUAAAGAGUAUGCCAUGGGAUAAGUGUGCAUUAAGAAGAGGCACCCCACAUUGGCCAUAACUCGAAAAACAUGUAGCAGACAUGGUGAAUGAGCAUCGCCAAAACGGUUAUGUAGUGACACGAAAUAAAAUACGUUUGUUUGCACUUCAGUGGGCCAACUCUAACCCAGGUCACAGCAACAGAUUUAAGGCCACUGUAUCCUGGUGUACUUGAUUCAUGGGAAGGCAUAAUAUGGUACUGAGGCAAAAGACGAAAAUUGCCCAGAAAUUACCUGCAGAUCUUGAUCGCAAAGUACAUAGUUUCCAUCGAUACGUAAUACAGCAGCGCACUAAACAUGGCUAUGCAUUAAGUAGUAUUGGAAAUAUGGAUGAAACUCCAAUUAAUUUUGAUAUGGUUGGAAAUAAAACUGUCAAUCAAAAAGGUGAAAAAACAAUUUUAAUUAAAACAGGACAUGAGAAGUCCAGUUUUACAGUGGUACUAGGAUGCACAGCUGAUGGCGCCAAACUGAGACCAAAGAAAAACAAUGCCGAAACUCAAGUUCCAUGUUGGUUGUUUUGUACAUGUGAAUGAAAAAGGCUGGAUGGAUGAAGAAGGGGUAAAGCUAUGGCUUGAUAAUGUAUGGAGCAGGCGACCAGGUGGACUUAUUCAAAAACGUAGUCUACUGGUGUGGGAUAUGUUUAGGGUUCAUUUAACUCCCAGCACCAAGCAAAGGUUUGCAAGACUAAACACAGAUGCGGCAGUUAUUCCUGCAGGAUUGACAUCGUUGGUACAGCCACUGGAUGUACCAACGAUGUCAAUCCUGCACAAGCCAUUUAUAGAUCGCAUUCGAGAACAGUGGAAUGAAUGGAUGGUUAGCGGCGAAAAGUCAUUCACAAAAGGAGGAAACAUGCAUGCUCCACAGUUGGAUGUUUUGUGCAAGUUUGUCAUAAAAGCCUGGAAUGAUAUUGAUGCAGAAACAGUAAUCAAGUCUUUCAAGAAGUGUGGCAUAUCAAAUUCACUAGAUGGUAUGGAGGACAACUACUUGUGGCAAGAUGAAGAGGAAGCCAAAGCUGAGACCACACCAUCUGAUACAGAAUUCGAUCCAUACGAUGACUGCCUUACAAAUGUAUCACAAGAUGUUAUUGAUGUACUUAUGAUAUCAGAUGACGAACAGGAGGAUUUUGAAGGCUUUUAAAUGGAAACUGUCACGCCAGCAAAAGCUGUAAAAAUACAGUGGUUUUGCAGUUAUGAUGGGCGUUGCUAACUCGCCAGGGACUUGCUCUCUCUCUUUUGUUUGCUAUCUUCCUCCUAUCAUCAUCAGUUCCAGUUUGGUUGACAGCUUAGAAAACAAACAGCAUGGCAGCUCCCAUGGGGUUAUUGUCUUAUCCUUCCUUUCAGCUUUAGAGUGAAUUAGGAAAUGUUUAAUCCACUUGCACAUGUUUACAUGUUUGAUGACAAACAGCCUUAUGUUUAUAAGUGACAGUUUUCCUGCUAAGUACCUGCAUGUCAUAAGCAUUUGAAUUAAAAUUACCAUAUUGAAAUCAAAUCUGAUGUUUUUUUAAUUUUUAUUUGGUGUGCGUUGGAAGAGGGGUAGUCUUAUACGGUGAGUAAUUUCCAAACUCUAUAUUUUAACUGGAAAAGUUGGGGGUCGACUUAUACGCCGGAAAAUACGGUAUAUUUCAUUUUAUUGACCGCUUUAAUUGAAGACAAACUACAACUUUGUUUAAUGUAAAUAACUUAUUGCUUUUUUUUUUUAUAUAUAUUUUAUUUAAUUUGUGAGCUAACCGCACAUUGUAAAAUGUUUUCCCCAUCUUUAAUACAGUACCUGGAUUCUGUUAGACCUCUGAUGAAUGAUGAGGAGUUCAAACGCAUGACUGCCCUGGCUAAAGAUUUUGAAGUGAAACUAGCACCAAAGCUGCAGUGGUACCUGAAACUGAAAUCCUGGUGGGCCUCCAACUAUGUAAGAACACAGCUAUUAUUAGUUUGACUCUAAAAAGGCUUUAUGAUGCAGUAAUGGACCAACUGGUUAAUGCAAUUAUUCCAGAACUACAUUUACUUUUUUCAUUCUGUAGUCUUAUUGAGCCUUAUGUUUAGGAAAUCCAAUUUUGCAAGCAUUUGCAGAAUUUGCAAAAUUACCCAUAACUCCACUGGGUGGAAUGUUGCAUAACGUUUAACCAGCAUCAGAAAAAAAGAGUAUUUCACUUCCCUCCUUUUGUUGGGAGAAUUUGAUUAAACUAAUCAAGGCUGUAUUGUAAUAACCAUAUAAACUUAUUGUUGCACAUCCCAAUUACCCAAAAAAAUCUAACAAAUUUGUAAUAAGGAAUAAGGAUACCAAAAAAAAAAAAAAAUAUAUAUAUAUAUAUAUAUAUAUAUAUAUAUAUAUGUAUGUAUAUAUAUAUAUAUGUAUGUAUGUAUGUAUGUAUGUAUGUAUGUAUUUAUUGUUUUAUUUUUCCCAGGUGAGCGAUUGGUGGGAAGAAUAUAUUUACUUGCGUGGUCGUGGACCCAUCAUGGUUAACAGCAACUAUUAUGCAAUGGUGAGUACUUGUACCUUUUUUAAGGAUGUGUAUAAAAAAAAAAAUUUUUUUUCACCAAAUAAGCUAGUUCAGCGAUUCUUCAAACAAUUCAAAAUGACCCACGAGCGGUGCACAUUCUUUUUGAUAACCGGUUUGUAACAAACUAGUAAUCUCAGCAUUUUUGCGUGACCGAGUAUCUAAAUGUUUGUGAAUAUGCAGUUUAAUUUAUUUAAAGCGGCACUGUCAUGGUCAAAUCCAGGUUUUUUUUCUUUUGUUUUUUUAACCCUUUCCCGACUCCACUACAUCUAAUUGUCCCCCUAUUCACCCCCCAAUGCCCCUAAGCCUCCCAUAUUACCUCUUUUUUUUAAUCAUUAUUGUGCCCUGACCUUGGCCUGUGGCUGCUCACUGUUGAAAAAAAUAAUCACCCCCUUCCCACCCACGCCCAACAAAUGGCAUCUCUUAACUAGCAGGGGGGGGACAUAGGGUUCCCCCUUAGCCCUCACCCAUGGGGGCCCUAAAUAAAAAAGGGGGGCCUAUUGUCCACCCCCCACCCGUGAGUGGCGGGUGGGGCUCCUAAAUGAAAAUGGGGCGCGGUACAGAUGGGGGUUCGGGAGGGAAGAUACUAGGGUUUGUUUUUGUUUUGUUUUUUUAACGGGGCAGUAGUGAUGUCCCGAACAGUUCGCCGCGGACAGCGAACAUAUGCGGUAAACUUUGACCCUGUACCUCACAGGUACCUCACAGACACAUUCCAGCCAAUCAGCAGCAGACCCUCCCUCCCAGACCCUCCUACCUCCUGGACAGCAUCCAUUUUACAUUCAUUGUGAAGCUGCAUUCUUAGUGAGCUGUCCAGGAGGUGGGAAGGUCUGGGAGGGAGGGUCUGCUGCUGAUUGGCUGGAAUGUGUCUGCUGACUGUGUGGUACAGGGUCAAAGUUUACUCAAUGAUGAGUCCGCGGCGAACCGUUCGGGACAUCAAUACUCGCGAUAUAGCGAGUAUGGGCAGAAUUUACUAAUACUAUGUAAUCUUUACUUAGUAUUAGUACAUUUGGCUGAAAGACCAAUUUAGGUCUCUCAGCCUUUUGGUAGAUGGCUCCCGAAUAUCAUGGUAAUUACCGAAUUGCAUCCCAACACGAAUGGAGAAACUGUUCUCAUUCUGUUUGGACGAAAUUUUAUAGUUUCGCCGGCGUUCUGUCUAAAAUGACAGGACGUUCAGAAAUACGGACAGGGAGCAUUAUGGGAAAAUUUCUCUGACCACCGGGAAAGAAGCACACUUUGUUCCUCCGCUAGUCAGGAGUAGGAAACCUCCAUAAGACAAAUAGUCCCUAUUUUUGUCUUAAGAUUUAAAGCAAACUAGAGCAGACAGGAAGAAAUGAAGAACAGAUCCUGACAGAGGGAGAAAGAGGAAUCGAUUGGGUAAAGGUAAGUUCGGCAUGACAGUGCUGCUUUAAUCAUGUGAAUCAAACUCUGCUAAGUGCCUGGAGCGUUGACAACUUUUCCCUCUUUCCAAGGCUGCAUUUUCUGUUACUGCUUAUGUAUUCAAAAAGUCUCUCUAAAUUAUAUUGUUUUCUCAAUACUUUAGGACUUUUUGUAUGUCACACCCACCCCUAUUCAAGCAGCACGGGCAGGUAACACCGUCCAUGCUCUUCUCUUGUACCGACGCAAACUUAGUCGUGAGGAGCUAAAGCCGGUAAGAAAUAUAUUCAGAAAUAAUGCAUUCAUGUGUGAAUGGAAUAUAUUCUCAUUUAUGUUUAGACAUUAGAUGUUUUAUUUCUGUUAAUGACCAGUUGCUAGUACAGUUUAAGGUCCAUUUUAAUUCUCUACCUGUCACAUCUGCAUGAGAACUCUUGAAAUCAAAAUGUUUAUCAUGUAAUUAUAGUGUAGUAUUGUAAAAUAUUUUAAUCUGCUAUAAUACGUAAGUGAAUUUACUUUUUUUUUGUUUGAUUUUGGAGGAAGCUUAUAAAUAUUAUUUAUUGAAACUUAAAGCUAAACCUGGUGUGUAUAUAUCAUCAGUGCAAUAUUUAUUAUGCUCUUUGAUUAGUUCAAUGGGUGGAGCUUUAAGUGAGGACUUUACUUCAAUUAUCUUGCAUUGUUAUUUCCCCCCACACGGUACUGCUCUACGAUGGUUCUAUACCCCGGGCGUGCUUGUUUGCUGCAUACCCAACUCUUAUAACUGUGUGCAGAGCAGGGUCCCAGGAUCCAUAAUCCCGCUGUGCUCGGGCCAGUGGGAGCGCACCUUUAACACAACCCGCAUACCAGGAUUGGAGACAGGUGAGUGAGAGGGUGAACCAGAAUCAACGUCCUCAUUGCCCCCAUAUUUCUGGUGAAUGGGACCUAACAAAGACCCAAUUCUUCUAACUCUUCGUAUGUCCUCUAAUUGAAUUUCUGUGUGAAGCUAUCGCACCUUAGGUUCUGCCCUUGAGGAUUUAGAGCUUUCUGCUACAAAUCCCAUGUACGUUUUUUACAGCUUACCAUCUGUAAUGCAUCUUUUAUAGAUCUUUAGACCCUUUGAUGUCUCUGAUAUUCAGCAUUUUCAUACAGAAGAUGAUGCAAUAGGUAAUUAUUCUUUCACUUCAAGCAGUUAAUUUAGGCAAAUCUGAUCUCACUGUGGUGAGUAGCGAAAGCUCCAAAUCCUUUCUACAAAACCUAAGAGUAAUUAUACUAGCAACCUAAACAUUCUAGCAGGGCAAAGGGUUGUCUAGAUCUGCAUGUGUGAGCAAGAGCUUUAUGUAAAUGCUGUUGUACUUAACUUGUUAUGUAUUAUUAAUCUCUUUUAGCUGGUGGAGUGUCUUUAUUGAUUACUGUGUUCUCUUUGCCUCCCCUUUCCCAUGCUUUUGUUUUUUUGUUGUUUUUUUCCUCCCCACCUAUGGUAUUUUCUGGUCCACACCAUGCACACUACUUAACCCAAUCCUUUCUACUGCCUUACCCUUCUCUCUUUUAAUGUUGGUUUGUGGCAUGUACUUACCCACUCAUAUUCACUCACUGUACAUCGACUCUUUUGUGUGUUGUCUUUCUACUCCCAACUUUCCCUUCUUUCGUAAAUGUCGGUCUGUGGUUCCCCUUUCCCUUUCUAUACAGCUGAUGAUCCAAGAUUGUUUGCCAAUGUGCUCAGCUCAAUACGAGUACAUGUUUAGCACAGUACGAAUACCAGGAAUUGAAACAGGUAGGAACAAUCCUGUACAUUCCUCGUGCAAAUAGUUUGCCUAAUUCCUGUGCCUUACUACAGCUUUUCAAGCACAUCUAGUUGUAGGGCUCUUCCACAAUUAGGGAUAGGCAUCUAUCCUUUUGGAUAUCCACCCGCAAAUUAUUUCAAAUGCUUUAAAGAGAAAGUAAAGUGAAAAUAUAUAUUGCUUAAAGGGAUUCUCCAGAGCCAGAAAAAAAACCCGCUUCCCUGGCACUAGAGAAACCUGGAGUGCCCCCCUCCCUCCCGUCCCCCCAUCCCAUGUCACUGAAGGGAUUAAAACACAGUUCUCUGGAAUUGCAAUGUUUUACAUUGCAGCACUAAGUGCAAAAGGGUCACAGCACCCAGACUACUUCAAUUAGCUGAAGUGGUCUGGGUGCCUAUAGUGUCCCUUUUAAUGUCCUUGCAGAAUAUACAGAAUGUAUAUUUUUUGGGGGGGUGUAGGUUGGUUUAGACUUUCAUGAUGCUGUGUGUUCCCCUUCCCUGCAUUUAAAAUUCUCUUUGAAACACUUUGGAGUCUUUCAGUUUCAAGCUCCUGAGACUAUUUUUAAAUAAAAUUGACUGCAAACUUAAGUCCUAAAAUACUUAGUACUGUAUAGAGCCUACAUGCUGCACAUUGCGGGAUAUUGCCUGUGAAUUCAGCAAUCAUGUCAAGCAAAAUUUAAAAAAGGAAAAAAAGUAAUAUCUAUUUUUUUUGUAUUUUACUAUCUCUUUAAAAUAUACCUGCAUUUUGUUUUUUCUUUUGGUGGGGUCUAAAUGAAAUUGUUUUUUUUCUUUACUUAUUUAGUAUACUAAACAUACCUUUUUGCUUGAGGGGGAAAAAAAAGAGCUAGUUUUGUGUACUAACACUAUUUUAGAGAUCCCUGCAGUUGCUACUCUCUCUACGAUGCAAAGCAGAGUCGUGGUUGCUACUUAACAGAGAAAUCACACUUAAACCAAAAACUUACAUUGAUCAGAAAUGGCUUAUGUCUUAUUUGUUAAAGUAGUAAAAUAUUAAAGGGACAAUAUAUUCACCAGAAGCUCUACAGGUUAAAGGACCACUAUAGUGCCAGGAAAACAUACUUGUUUUCCUGGCACUAUAGUGCCCUAAGAGUGCCCCCACCCUCAGGGUCCCUCUCCCGCCAGGCUCUAGGGUGAGGAAGGGGUUAAACUUACCUCUCUUCAGCGCCAGGCGGGGAGCUCUCCUCUCCGCCUCCUCUUCGGCUGAAUGCGCAUGUGCGGCAGGAGCCGCACGCGCAUUCAGCCAGUCUCAUAGGAAAGCACUAUCAAUGCUUUCCUAUGGACGCUGGCGUUUUCUCACUGUGAGACAGUCACUAGAGGCUGGAUUAACCCAUUUAUAAACAUAGCAGUUUCUCUGAAACUGCUAUGUUUAUAGAAAAAAGGGUUAAACCUAGCUGGACCUGGCACCCAGACCACUCCAUUAAGCUGAAGUGGUCUGUGUGCAUAUAGUGGUCCUUUAAUAUAGUGGUUCUGGGACAUGUAACCUGUCCCUGGUUACAUGAAGAUGAAGAAGAAGAAAAAAAACAAACUUUUUUUUAGUGACUUCCUGGUUGUGGAAAUAUUGCAGGGCCAAUGUUCAGCUUCUUCACGCUCUUCAGAGAGACGCGGAACAGAGUUACUUUGACUCAGUGGAUCUCUCUGAAAUGGAAGUGCUGAUUUUCUGUGUAUGCACUAGCCUCCCAAUGCUUCCCUAUGGAGAAGCAUUGGAUUGGCUGAGAUCAUCAGGACCAUGGUUAGACCAGCGCAGCAAAGAAAGAAAGAUGAGUUUAAACGCCUUUGACACUCUAGGAGGCUGGUAAGCCAAUUGGGUAGGGUAACACUAUAGUGUUAAGGACACGUGUUUGUAUUCUUAACACUUUUGUGGCCCUUUAACUGUAGUAAUUGUAGUGUUCGGCAAUACAUAAUAAACAAUUGACUUGUAGAAUUUACUUAGAUGGGAAGUUAAAAGGCCCCAUUCAGACAGCAUGAUUAAAAAAGUGGAUGGUAGGAUGAUUUAAAAGAGAUCUCAUUGUUGUGAUGUGUUUCAAUGGCAUUUCUCUCUAAACAGAUACCAUACAUCACUACACGGACAGCAAGCACAUAGUGGUGUACCACAAGGGACGAUUUUUUAGGGUGUGGGUGUACCACGGUGGACGCAUGCUUAACCCCAAAGAACUGGAACUCCAGUUUCAACACAUCCUAAAUGACACAAACCCACCUCUGCCUGGAGAGGAAAAGCUGGCAGCCCUAACCGCUGGAGACAGGUAGCAACACAGUUAAAUUACAGCCAAAUGCAAAGCCAUUCAUUACACAAUCCAUAUUUUUAGAUUUCAACUCUAUGCUGGUGGCCUUAUGGUAAAAAGGAAAUUUCUAAAUAAAAUUAUAAUGGCACGUGUAUUAUAGACAAAAACUCAACAAAUGGACAUUGUUUUUUUUUCUUUUUUAAUGUAUAUAUUUAAUUUUUAUAUUGUAAUUCAAUUAAAUCGAUAUAAAAUAAAACCUUCACUAAAGUAGUAUCUAAUUUAAAAAUAAAAAUCUAACAGGCUUAUUCAGUAACAUAAGAAUUAUCAGGAAUUCAAAGUGAAUUGAAAUGUAAGGCCAAAACAAUUUACAGCUGCUCUGUUACGUCAAACUUGCCUUUCAUAAAUCGAUUUCUCCUCUUCUUUCCGAAUAUGUUCUUCCUUUCUUUCCUUUCUUUAUUUCUGUUGUUCUUCUAGUAAAAUACAUAAGUAGGGGACUACCUUGUCUUAUUUUAUUUAUUUUUUUACGAUACGAGGUGGAGCAUAAGGCAAACUCCACUUCCUUUUUGAAAUAUAAUUUUCCAGCAAUACUUGACUCCCCGUCUUGAUCCUCCUCUUUAUUCUUGCUCCUUUUUUGUCGCAUAACCCUCAAUGAAAAAUGGUCAGCUGGCAUGCGAUGUAGUAACAUACUACAGUAUAUUUUGUUUCCUGUCCUCCUUUUUUUCAUAUUGACUCAUUCUGAUUUGCAUUUGAGGAAACCCACAAGGUGUUCUGUAUCCAUACACACCCAGAAAGAAGAGACUCUGGUUUGCUCCAGCUGCCUACCUACAUCUAAUAAAAGCUAGAAAUAUUAUCUGCUAAAUUACAGCAGGAGAGUCAUAAUAUUCUGAUAUUGCAAUCUGGAAGAUGUACUUACAGAAUAAUAAAGAUCUAUACAUUUACACAGCGGUAGAUUUAAUGUCGCACCCAUAUCAGGGGGGAAAAAAAAACGUGAGUGAGAGAUAGAUGUAACAUAUAUCUGACCAGUAUCUACUGUAUCAGCCCCUGAUUAUUGAAUCAUUAACUAGUGUUCGGAAUAGGACCUAUAAUGGCCAUGUCAUUAGAUGUUGACGUUUUUCCUGAACUGGCAGCAAUCGAAAAUUAUUUCCAUCAAUUACCAAAUUUAUAAUUUGCUAAACUCCACUUCAAAGCAUUUUGCCUGUUUAUCUAGUGAGGAUUGCUUAUAAAUGUGGGGAAACUGGCAUUGAAAAAGGCUUUGGGUUAUUUAGAAAAGUGAGAAUUUUAAGUGAGAUCUAAUUUAAGGUCAAAAUCGCUGAACUAGGAAGAUGAGCUCUCAGUUCGAUUACUCCGGCCUUAAAUUUACCAUGGAUUCUCUCUUUAGUAAAUAAUCCUGAUAGCUUGUCGAAUUUAAUCUUUCAAAGAAUUCAGAGUUCUGUGGUACUUUCUGAAUGCCUUUGUUAAAUUGCAAAAUAUCUGUAGCAACUUGGCAGAUAUAAAAGAUUUUGAGCCAACGCAUUCUAACAAGAUGUAGUUAAUGUUAAUUUGAGAAUAUUAUUCUGUGAGUUUCUUCCUAACUCAUUUCCUGCUUCCUUUUGAAGGGCUACCUGGGCCAAGGCUCGUAGUGCAUAUUUUAGAAGUGGAAAGAACUUACAGGCACUGGAUCUAGUGGAGAAAGCGGCUUUCUUUGUUACUUUAGAUGAAGAUGAGCAGGGACUUCGUACUGAGGAUCCCAUACAUUCACUGGAUGCCUAUGCUAAAUCACUUCUCCAUGGAAAAUGCUACGACAGGUUAGAACCACAAGUUAUUUCAACUCUGCGAUUAUAUUUUGCCAUGUGUGUUUUUAGAAGAUGUUCACUAGACAUAUGAGUGUCUGCUCAGGCUAUCACAAAUGGAUCAUUUAAACAUAUGUCUCAUAUGUUUGCUCUAAACAAAUAUAGAGUAUUCUACUCCGGAUAAAGAAAGUCAAUGUGUAGCUCCCCUUAAAUGCUUCUGGGAACCCUCUUGGUUUUCCAGAUGCUAUCCCCUCAGGUUUAACUCUACAAAGAGCACACCAGAUAAUACACAUUGAAAGUUCUCAGGCUUAUCUAAAAGCAAAAUCUGCAAAACGAAAGCAAGAUGUAAUCGUCUCAAGAAAGCAAGUUAUCUUGAUUAGUAGCAGUUUAGCAUUCUUCCAUUUAAAGCACAGAUUGUAUUUUUCUACUGGAUUGAUUGGUUUCAUGAUAAACUUCCUUAUUUUGCUUUGAGUAGUCUUGAGCAAUUAAUCCUUUGUCUGUAGUUCAUCCUACAAUUAACUUUUUUUUUUUGUGUGUGUGUGAUUACUUCAGGUGGUUUGACAAAUCGUUUACAUUUGUGGUUUUCAAGAAUGGGAAGGUGGGACUGAACGCUGAACAUUCAUGGGCUGACGCACCUAUCGUCGGCCAUUUAUGGGAGGUAAUAUAUAUAUGUGUAUGUACAAUAAAAAAUGUCAAAUAUAGUGUACAGGCAUUAGCACCAGAAAAAGGUAGUGUUUAUGUAUGUUAAAUGUUUUCUUGCGUUGUUUAGUCCUGGAAAACACAAUGUAGUUAUUUAAAUAUUCAUUUAUACAUACUUCCUAAUUAAGCAGCUUGGCAAUUUUCCGGUGCUCAAUUUUUUCCAUAGCCUUUCCAACAUUCCAAAAUGUUUUUGUGGUUCUAUUUGGAGGUAACUUUUUUUUUUUAACCCCUUUAGUGGCGGUGAUAUGUGGGUAAUAAGUUACCCAACCUCCUAACAAUUAGUCUAAAUAACAUGUACUUUAUUUUACAAGAAGUAGGCUAGAAGGAGAACCUUUUCUGCUCUGGAAAUUCCAUUUUUUAAAAUGUGAUUCUCCAUUUUAUUUAAAAUUUCUGUUAAAGAUUUAGCAAAUUGCAUUAUAAUGCAGUUCAGUCCAGGCGCAGCCAAGACGCGUAUUGCAGAUAAGGAGGAGAAAUUGCAAUUUUUUUUAUAAUUUCUCCACUUCUGUCUCCUUUCUCUAUGCUGACUAAUAGGUGCAAAGAAGAGAGAUUACAACAAUGAUUGACAGGUAGCCAAGAUGGAGGCAGACAUUAUAGAGGGUGGAUUUUUACAUUUAAUUCUAUUUUUCAGAAUUGACAAAUAUGUAUUUUUUUGAAUACAGGAAAAAGUUAAGAUAAUCCUACAAAAUCCUAGUUAAGCGACAGUUCCCCAUUAUCUAAUAACUGAGUAGCAAUACUGCUUUACUAUCUGUCAGAAAAUUACAAUUCAGUUACCAGAUAAAUGCUUAUUUCUUACAAUAUAAUGUUGUCCUCUGAAGCAAGGAGGAGAUACUUAUCUGAUUUACAUUUGUUGCAGUGUGAAUUCCCAAAAAGUAUAUCGGUAUAAAAUAGUGUGAAUUCCCAAUGCAUAUUCCCAUAGAAUCCAAAAAUCCCACCUUCAUUAAAGCUUUAUUUCAUUGAACUCUUUCCAUUAUGAAUGUCUUCCAGUCCAUGCUGGCCACAGAUUGCUUUCAGCUCGGGUACGAUGAUAAUGGACACUGUAAAGGCCCAGCUGACUCCACUUUGCCUGUACCGCAGAGAAUGCAGUGGGAUAUCUCAGACGAGGUGAGCGGUGUCCCUGGAAAGGAUGACUCUUUGAUUGCUACUUCUUUGGUUUCUUUAGACAUUGAUGUAUUUUGCAGUGAACUAUGAUAUUUAGGUAUUAUUCACUAAACCAGGAUUUCUGAAGAACUGCCAAGAUUAUUGCAAAUUUUAGCCCUAUAUACACAAACUUGAAAGGUAGCGGGUUGUACAAUUUUUUUCAAUUUGACUAUUUUGGCCCAAAAAAUUGCUAUUUUCCAAAAUGUUCAGAUUACCAAAAACAAAUCCCAUAUGUACUGUUUUCAUUUUAUAAUGUGAAAGCCUCAAAAAUAGUGUUCAUGGGUGCAGAACUUAAUUUCUAGGUAAUCCUUAUUUACCCUGGCAACAGAAAGUUAUAUUGUUGCUUAAUGAGUAGACAGUUUGUCAUGGUUUCAUCUUAACAUGCACUUACAUAGAGCAAUAAUGGGUGACCCUCAACUACGUAAAGAUAAAUGCGCGAAACCAAAAUGUUUGGCAUCCACAGGUGCCGUUAGAAAACUAUACUUCCUGUAUUGACAAAAUGCUAAAGGAGAGUAUUACAAGCUGUAAUACAACUUCUUUUAUGUAACAUAAUCUGAACCACUUUCAUGAGAAUUAAAUCUUUCACGAGAUAACUAACCUUGUAGAAUAUGAAUAUGACUAUUGUCCAGGCUUUACAAAGAAAAAAAUAAGUUGCAGAUAAAAUGUGCAGCUACUGUCUCCUCGUCUAGUAUGUGUUUCCGAAGGGGAACAGACCGUGGGAAGCAGGAUAAAUACUGUAAUAAUCACAUGCAUCACACAUGCUGCUUGCUCAGUAUCUGGCUCGUACUUUUGUAUGGCAUGAAAUAUUUUAUCCGCUCCCCAGUUGCUGUGGAGGUCUCCAGCAGCACAGUAAAUUCCCAUGUAUUGCUUGGUUUUAAGAUUUGAAUUGUUUGUAUUUAUGAUUUUGUUUGUUUGUUUGUGUCAUGCAUUAAAAAGGAUUGGGUUGAUUCCAUGUAUAUCACGUGACAGUCCUAUUGAUAAUAUUCUUGUUUUGUUUGUCAGUGCCUGGAAGUCAUCCAGAGCUCCCUGAAUGUAGCUGAGGCGUUAGCAGCUGAUGUGGAUUUUCAUGCAUUCCCCUUUAAUGAUUUUGGCAAAGGAUUAAUAAAGAAGUGCAAGACCAGUCCUGAUGCCUUCAUCCAAAUCGCUCUUCAGCUUGCGCACUAUAGGGUAAGGUCUGGGGCUCUGUUCAGCUUAAUCUAAGGCAUUCUGUCAGGAGAGUUGUUUCCUAUUUCCCUGGAUCCUAUUAAGUAAAAAUCAUUGAAGUGUAGCAUUGAGGAGAGGAAUAUAAUAUUACAUGUUUGACCUUUUCCUCCAGUCUAUUCCAGGCAGAGACAGCUUGGUCCUCAUUUAAAACUGGCUUAUCUAAUAUUUAGAACUUUCAUUAUACCGCCAGUACUCUCCCUUUAAGUGUUUGAGAUGGCCCUACAGCAGUUAUGAUGAUUAGUAACAAUUCAUGGAUGCAUUUGCCAAUUCUGUCUUCUAAAAUAUAGUUGGUGCAGUAUUUCAGUGAAAAACAAAUGGCAGUAAUAGCAAACCGCAUCGCAUGGCCUCACCUUAAUGGUGGAUCUUUACAAGGAGGGGCGCCGUAUGAGGCAAUGAUUAAAUAAACUGCAAGUAUACUGUAAAACAUGGUAAAUGUCUUUCUGGCAGUGGCAGCAUGUGAUCAAACAAAAUCUUCAUAACACCUCAAUAUAUAGACUUUUCUUAACUGCCCAAAACACGGAUUGAUUUUUAUUGGAUAGUGUGGGCUGGCUGUAGGGUUGUAUCCUACCCACUCAUCGGAAGCACCCGAAUGUUGUAGUCCAAGUCUGCCAAAUGCUGCCAUGGCCAAUCAACAUCUUUCUCGAGAUGCAUUGAAUCAAUGCAUCUCUUUGAGGAAUGUUCAGCGUCCUCAAGCAGGGCGUUGUGCAACACUGACCCAGGAAGCAUCUCUAGUGGCCGUCUGAGUGAGUGCCACUGGAAGUAUCCCUAGGCACUAAUGUAAACACUGCCUUUUUUUUUUUUUUUUUUGAAAAUGCAGAGUUUACAUUAAAAUGCUUGCAGGGAUAUCCUAUACUCACCAGAACAACUACUUUAAGCUGUAAUUGUUCUGGUGACUAUAGUGUCCCUUAACCGGGAUACUUUAGGCACCCAGACCACUUCAUCUCAUUGUAGUGGUCUGGCUGCACUGCCCCUGUUCCCUUUAUCCGAUAGCUGAAAACAUUGCAGUUUUAGAGAAACUGCAAUAUUUACAUUUCAUGGUUAAGACUGCCCCUAAUGGACGUGGAGACUGAGCCAGCGCCGCAAACCUUAGUUCUGGUAUUGUUUAAGUGUUUAAAUAAUUUUUUUUUUUAGGUUCUUAUUCCAUUGCCACAGGGUAGGGGGUGAGGAGGAGGAGGAUUGCAGGGACAGAGGGACCCUGUAGUGUACAGCUUUGUAUUCCUAACACUAUAGUAGUAGUAUUUCAGCUUUACUCAGUCCCAUGACAUUGUGGGAAUUUCUUCAAAAGGGACAGUGUAGGUACUGUAACUUUUUCAUAUCAUUAAAUUGGUUAUAAUGCUUGAUGUCCUGUGGCUCGGUUCAUUCACUCUUAACAAUUUUCAAACUGCUUAACACUAAAUAAUGGCCCCUCGCCACCCACAGUUCGACCCCUACUGUAGGUAUGACAAAGGCAAAGUUUACAUACUUCCUUCUUGCCAUACCAAUUCAUACCAGCAAUGGGUGCAGUGAUCAGCUGACACGCUCAGCCAAAUUACAGAUACCCCUUGUUGGUCAGGUUAAUGCUUUCUUAUUCGUCCAAGCAGCACAGAGAAUGGGCAACUGGGGACUCUAGUUUAGCAUUAAAACAUUAAAAUUUUGUUAUGCUGAAUGUCGCCAAGGAACUCCAGACUCUAUAACUACGAGAUGCAGCAAUUAUAGUUCCUACAGUGUCCCCUGUCGAACACAGACAAUUUUGACAACGUCCAACAGCAAAGUCUUUAAUUUCCUGUACUCAUGGAAGUGAAUAAGGUGAUAUGAGUCUCUGGGUGCCAUUUUAGGUCAAACCCUUUUUAAGUGGUGUUACAAAACAAGGGCAUUCACAACUACGCGAUCUGUACAAAGUUUCAUGCUGCACAACACUUAGAUGUUGUCAGUAGCCUAUUGCAGGGGUCAUUAUUAAUAAACCUUAAUAUUAAUAAAUGACGAGACUCACAGGAAAAAUUCAGAAGAUCUGCACAGAGGGCCACACAAAAUCUUGUCCCACUAUUUAAUACAAGUAAUGAAUAGUGUAGUAGUCUAGACUAUAGUAGAUCUACACAAUGUUGUCCUAUAUGCCCCGCGUGAUACUGCUAACAGUGUUUGCAUUGCACUGUUAACUCCUCUGCAAGUGGCCGUCAUACAAACAUCUACUAGAUGCCCUGCCACGGUAGAGACAGUGAAAUACGGUCACGUGAUGUGGAAGCCCCAUAGGGCUUUGAAUGUGAGCUCGGCAGUUGCUGCACAUGCACAUUAAAUCCCCAACACCCUUCUAUGAGGAGAGGUCAGCAGCUCCUUGAAAGUAACAAGUUAGCAGUUUUCUUUUUUGUUUCUGUAGCUAGGAAUCUAUAUGGAGGUUUGUUUGGCAUUUUAAUUUGAGCCAUUGGCUUGAUAUAGUGCAGAGACCAUGCUGAUCAAACAAGUCUGCAAAUGUAGAACAUUGUCUAUAGUUUAUUUUCUGAGCUUGCAAGAAAGGCUUUCCAGAUCUCCUGUAUGUGUCUGUUCUGUCACUUAAACCAAUUUAUUCUUUUUUCUAUUUAUUUCUUAUUAAGGACAAAGGAAAAUUCUGUUUAACAUACGAGGCUUCCAUGACCAGGCUUUUUCGGGAAGGAAGAACUGAGACCGUACGCUCAUGUACUGUGGAAUCGUCUAAUUUUGUGAAAUCUAUGGCUGAUUCAUCUGCAACAGUGAGUGUUGCUCUGUCUAUCCCAUUAUCAGGCUGUAGUGCUGUGUUGGGGCAGGAGGAGAAGGUGUAUAAAUGAUUAGAAGUCCCACUUUAAAUAAUCCAGUCACUAAAAUUGAGUGCAGCUGUGAGACUUGCUAUUUAGUAAUAACCAACUAAUCAACUGACUGCAAAAUUGAGGUGGUUCAUCUUGUAUUUGUACUUAAGUGGGGAAAAAAAGGUUUUUCUUUUUGUUUUUUUUAUUAUGCGUCUAAUAUUCUAAUAUAUAUAUUUGAUUUUGUUUUGUUCUUUGUACUCCUAGAAUGCCGAAAGACUUAAACUUUUUAGACUUGCAGCGGAAAAACAUCAGUUGCUGUAUAGAAAUGCCAUGACAGGUGCAGGAAUUGAUCGACAUCUUUUCUGCUUAUAUGUUGUGUCAAAGUAUCUUGGAUUGGAUUCGCCUUUCCUGAAAGAGGUGCAGUUUUGUUAUAUUCUUUUAUUAUUACUCGUUGUCGUUAAUGCCUGCUUAGUGUCAGCCACCCAUUGACACUGACGCGCACUUUAUGUUAAAACGCAAACACAAUUAAAGCUAAUUGGCAAAAUGAUUUCUUGACGCAGCACAGAUGUACGUAUUUGGUUUUCUCUUUAGAAUAACAAUUAUACUAUAAUAUCUAUCAUUCAGAAUCUAUUCUACGUGCAAAAACAUAAUCCCAAGCAUUAAAAACUUCUGAAUUUGGCACCAGUUUAAUACAUCUAUUGAACAGAAAUAGACAUUUCCUUGCCUGCAUGAUGUCUCAAGCCCCAGUUUGUACAGUUCAAUGUAAUGAUUCUCCUUUUCCCGGCUUAGGUCCUAUCUGAGCCAUGGCGCCUCUCCACCAGUCAGACUCCAAUUCAGCAAGUGGAGCUGUUUGACCUGGUAAAUCACCCAGAGUAUGUCUCAUGCGGAGGCGGCUUUGGACCUGUAAGUAAACAUCAAACUCUUUUUUCUCUUUUUAUUAUGAUAAAUAAGUCUCUAUAUUGUUAUUAAAGUACUAUUCUAAUAGAAAACUAUUAUUUUGUUUUAUUGAAGCAAAAUGAAAGUAUGACUGCGUGUGUUUUGAUUGAACUGUCAUACGAGUUAUUUAUAUAUUUCUUACCUGGAAGCUGGAUACUUACAGAUACAGCGGACCUGUGUAAAAUACACAAUUAACAGUGAUAACAUAUCUUCUUUUACUCCUUCUAUCAUGUUUGUCGAGCACUUUUAUUAACUUAUAUCAUAUUAAAACAAGUGUAAAGCAGCAGCAAAGUUCAUUUUCUGCUAGACAUUUUCCUUUCUCUUACGUUGUAAAGUAAACUGUUAUAAAGUAGUUGGUGAUCUGCUGUUGCAGAGUGUAACAGCUUUCCACUUUCCAGCAUGUGCUCAUAUUAAUAAAUCACUGUCAGAAAGCCUUACUUAAAGGACCACUCUAGGCACCCAGACCACUUCAGCUUAAUGAAGUGGUCUGGGUGCCAGGUCCAGCUAGGGUUAACCCAUUUUUUCAUAAACAUAGCAGUUUCAUAAACAUAGCAGUGUUUAUGAAUGGGUUAAGCCUUCCCCUAUUUCCUUGACAGCCACUAGAGGCCCUUGCGUGCUUCUCACUGUGAUUUUCACAGUGAGAGCACGCCAGCGUCCAUAGGAAAGCAUUAUGAAUGCUUUCCUAUGUGACCGGCUGAAUGCGUGCGCAGCUCUUGCCGCGCGUGCGCAUUCAGCCGACGGGAGGAGAGAAGGAGGAUCGGAGGAGGAGAGCUCCCCGCCCAGCGCUGGAAAAAGGUAAGUUUUUACCCCUUUCCCCCUUCCAGAGCUGGGCAAGGGGGAUCCUGAGGGUGGGGGCACACUCAGGGCACUAUAGUGCCAGGAAAACGAGUAUGUUUUCCUGGCACUAUAGUGGUCCUUUAAUGGAUUUAUAUAUAUUUAUAUAUUGUAUCUUGUUUUCUAGGUGGCUGAUGAUGGAUAUGGUGUCUCAUACAUUAUCGUUGGUGAAAAUCUGAUCAACUUUCACGUGUCCUGCAAAUUCUCAAGCCAUGAGACUGUAAGCAAUCUAGGAUUCCUUUCAGCAAGUGUCCUCUAUGUAACGGGUGUUCGUGUUCUAUAAAAAAAAAACUUUAUAUUGGACAAUGAGGUCCCCUUCAGUCAACUCCUAAAGUUUAACUUUUGGCAUCAGUAGAUAUCCUUCCUAAAGAGUGAUUCUUUGUCUGUGCAGUAGGGUUUUCUUGCACUCUAUUCUCAGACUGAGGGCAGUGCUUUGAUUUGUGAGUAUGCAAGUAUGUGAAUGCCCCGCCAUACCUGUUAUUUAUAUUUCUUUACUGACAGACGUUUACAUUAUUUUAGUGUGUUAUGUAGAUAAUACAUUAUAGAUAUAUGUACAAAUGGGGAAUUCCUUUUUGUUGCUCACUUAGCAUCAACAAGGAAAUUACUGUCAGCUACGUGCUGUAUGUACACACAUAUGGAGUAGCAAUAAAUAUGGGGAUUAGUGAAGGAUAUUGUAAUUGGUGCUACUAUCACCAAUGUGUUCACUCCAAAAGCACACAAAAAAAGUGUAAAAUAUACAAUGAAAACCAGUGAGCGCACACAAUAUCUAAAAUUACGGUGGUAAUGUUACAUACGGAGUAGCACUUGACACUUGUGAUGUCACAGUCCCGCAUGUGUUUUAGAUUUCCACUCUUUUUUUUUUUUUGGAAAGCAUUUAGGAUUGCGCAGGAACACGACGAGUGCUUUCCUUGAAGUCAGUACAUACUCUCCCAGUGCUACUUGGUAAACCAGUUCCGUGGCCCAUCGUGUUGGGUUUUGAAUGAUGUGCAUUACCUGUAGCAAUUUAUGUGCAUACAGUUAGUGUCAAACCGCUUCGAAUUCAGUUGUGUGUUGUAAACUGCUUGGCAUACCGGCACAGGAGUGAUAUAAAGUGAUUUGUGUCUGCCUUGUGCGAACAGCACCAAUGUUAUAUCUCAGCUGUAUCUCUACAGAGCAAGAACAUGGCUGAACACAUAUUUUGCCGUUUUAAUUGAUACGAAUUGCAGCUGCAUGCGUUUGAAAUAGCAUUUCUCCUUUCUCACCUACACAGGACGCACAUCGUUUUGGAAAGCACAUCCGUGAAUCUCUCCUCGAUAUCUUGGCCUUGUUCAAUCUCCAGAAGGCCUAGAAUGCAUUGUUUUCAAUCUCUGUACAAGCCAACAUGUGUGCUGACCUAAGAAGCCACGAGGAAAUCAAACCAAUCAAAGCCAUCUACAGGGACCAUUCUGUUACUUACUAUCCAUGAAGUUAUUUAAUUACAUAUUGGUCUGUAUGAACACCUCUGAAUACUGCCUCACACGUGGAAUGAAACCUGUAUAUACAAAAAUAGCUGCAUAUGAUCUGUCUCUACAGAGAGCCUAGCUAGUCAGUGCAGAUAGCAUGUGCUAUGUCUCCUGGGUCACUAGAGAUGCUUUAAAUGGCUCCCACUGACAUUUUGUAGUAAUAUUUAAUUUAUGGAAGAUCCUAUCAAGGUUAAACUGGCACAUGAUAGACAGGUUUGUGUAUGCAUAUUAAAUACGUGGCGAAGCAGCUAAAUGUGAUCAGAUACACAAGUUUGGCAACCAGAGAACAUCCAUUUGUGAGCUGGUGCCUUAAAUGCUUAUGUGAUGUUUAUUUUUAUUUUUAUUUUUUUUUAUGCAUCUAGUGAAGUGUUCAGCAAAGCAAUGCAAUUUUUUUAAAGCUUUUGAUACUUGCAAAGUUCCAGUGAGCUUUUUGCACAACCCGUGUCAGAUUUGCAGCAGAUAUCUUUUUUUUUUUUUUUUAAAGCACAUUGUUACAUUUAAGUAAUACUUUGUGCGUCUGCGACAGCAGCUCUAUUUCAGUUGGUGUCAGCGCUAUUGUCAUUAUGCAAGCAUUCUUGCCAUGAUUCCAAAUUAUAUAUUUCAAUAUAGCGCAGCCUGCAAAAACCUUAUUAAUCUUUCGGUUGCCACAUGGAUAUGUAGUGCAUUGAUGCCACAAUUCCCUACCUGAGAGGAGGGACGGGUUAAGAGAAUAUUGUACGAUAAGUGCCAUCUCUACAUAAUAUGUUCAUUUGCAGGUUUUUUUGUUUUACUGUAGCUGGAUAUUGAAGUUUCAGUAUUCUUUGAUCUUAACUUUUUACAGAUGUUACCAUAGCUUGCACCUGGUAUAGUUGUGGCUGGUUUCUUAUAUUUAAAAUAAAAAAUGUAAAAAUAUAUAUUCUAAACACAAUAGGGCUGCACUUAGACAAUCACUAUAUUUAACCACACCCACAGCAAAGUGUAUUGUAUUGUAUUGUUUGUUUGUUUAAGUUCAGUGUUUCAGGGGCUUUUUUCUUUUGGUUUUCCUGAUCCACAAUGAAAUUAAUUACAAUCAGAAAUAGACCAAAUGAGCAAAUAUGUCCACAAUAUUACACCCCAAACAGGAACGAGAGAGUACCACAGAUUGAAUUUUUGGAUGUGAACGCUGACCACAUUUCCCUUUAGAGUCCAACUACACAGUAACAAAGAGACCACCUCCUUUUACUACUCCAGUGAUUCAAAAAAAAGGCUGCACGUACACACCCAUCAAACUCUAUAACCUUUGCUUUAGCGGUAUCCAUUCCAAAAAAGACUUUAUACUAAGAAAUUACAGGGACAGAAAAAAGGAUUGUUUCUCAGCUUGUGCAUCUUUUUCUUUUUUUUCUUUUUUUAUUAUAAUUAUAUGUGUGAUUUUCAAUGUUUUUUUAUAUUUCUGUUAUACCAUGUGUCUUGCUAAAUCUCAUCUGUAUAGAACAUUUAUCUUAGAAUCUUGAGAUAAAGAUUUGAAUCCUCUGGCUUCUUAGAUUUUGCAGUCCCCAAAAUGUAGACGUUGGGCCUAUUUGCAAUAUUUCUUUGUUUUUCUUGUGACAAUUUUUAGAGCAGGGGUAGCCACAAUGUUGCUUUUUCCCUUCUUUUUUUUUUUUUUUUGAAAUACAACCCUAUCACAUUCAGCCAGCUACAUCUGGUAACGCAAUCCUUGUUUGGCUCACUGCAGAAUGAGUUGCCAUCUGCCCUAAUGAGUUUGCAUUAGGAAAUGAUUUAUGGUAAGAGUUUUACUGCUUAUCUUAAACACUGCUGUGGGUGAUAGGAAUUGUAGUUUAAUAAUAUUUGAAGCACCUCAGGUUUGCCAUGUCAUCUUCUAUGACCAUCCAUCUAGUACACAGCAAUGGUCAUUAAAUGCUAUUUGUACAAGACGUCCUGAUUUGGCCAGGGUGUGUAGAGCAUCAAAAUAAUUUUUACAUUGUGCUAGCAAAAGCUGAAGAGGAGAAAGUUUGAAGAUAUCAUCUUUACCACCAUUGUUUAGGUCACCAUCAAAUGUUUCUUUGUUAUUAAAGCUUUUUAUUUGCAAAGAGGCACCUGCUCAUACCUGGAAACUCCUAUUUUUGGCCAUAAGACUCCAGAUCUAGCAGCUGAUUUCUAGAUCUCCAAACCAAAGUUGUACUCUUUGGGCAACAACUGUCCAAUUGCCAGAGAGCACCCUGAACCUAGAGGUCUCUUACUUGGAACCUUACCCGCUUUUCUCACACCAUUGAAGGAACAAGGUGGGAAUCUCACCACACAAAAAAUAUGUUUUGAGAGUUUUUAGUAUGGUUUAAAUAUCAACCAGCGAAUCAUUGAGAGUUAAUCUGAUUUUAUUUCCUAGUACUUGGGCCAUGGAAAGGCAAUCACGCUGGGACACUUUAAUAAUCCACUGACUCAGUUAGUAGUGGGACUUUGUACAAGACAAUACCAUUUUCAAUUACUGGCUAUGAGGAAAAUCUUAAUUUCUUUCUUCUGCUUUUUAAAUGUUUAUAUUCCAUAUGCUUUUGGUGUCACUUGCAUUUCUGUUGUUGUUGGGGGAAAAAAGCUCAUUUAAUUUUGUUUAUGCCAUUAUCAAUGCAAAUUAAACUUGGGAAGGACUUGAGGGCAAUUAAAAGCCAAUGUUUAAAACUUGGUAUGUUGUCAUUUUCUUCAUUCAUUUGUUAAAUUGUCUUAUUUAACUUAAACUGAUAUAUAACUUGACAAUUAUUUUUUUUAAAACCAAAGAGUAAACCCUUUUAAAUAAACCAAAAUAAUGCAAGAAAAACGUUUGAAAAGUAUGUAAUAAAUGUUUAUAAACAAACUAUAAACCUGGU